AUGUGGUUCCUCACCCGCUCCUUGUGCAGUCUUUCAAGCCACUGGCCCCUUAGGCUGAUCCUUGCAGGGAGCAAAUCCUGCAGAUCUUACAAGAAAGAGACGCUUCCGUCCCCAGAAGGGCCGAUCCCCCCAGUUUCAGUCACAGAGAUUCGCCAGUAUCUGAGGGCGCAGGGCAUCCCCUUUCAUGAUGGCUAUAGUUGUCUUCACGUGCCCAGUAUUUUUGUGGAGGAGCAGCAGCAGGUCCGCCAUAGCUACAGCCUCUUCAUCGACAAGACCACUGGCCGCUUUUUGUGCACAGCUUCAUUGGCUGAAGGUAACUGGCAAGACUUUCAGGCCAGUGUAGAGUUGCGACAUAAAGGGAUGGCUGUGGGUGGCCUGGAAGAGGCCAGUGGGCAAAGAGACCAAGAUGGGAAAGAUGCCAUGCAUAUAUGGGAACGAGCCCUGCCUCUCUGGGAACUGCUGGAUGAGCAGGAGACGCAGGAGGCCAAGGCUAUGUUCGGCAUUUCCAAUAUCUCAAAUGCCACACUCAAACGGUUUGGAGUACGUUACUUGCGGACAGCGCGGACCUUGGUUUUCCCUUGGUUCAGCCCCCGUGGCACCAGCCUGAAGGGGUUAAAGCUUCUGGGAGUUGAGUGCCAAGGGGAAAUGGUGCACUAUGUGGAGAACACCCUACCUCGCCCUGCGGCCUAUCACAACCUCUUUGGAUUGCCUCUGAUCAGCCGACGAGAUACAGAAGUUGUACUGACUGGCCGUGAGCUGGACACAUUGGUGCUGCACCAGGUGACUGGGCUCCCCACUUUGGCCCUGCCCCGGGGGAUUUCCUGCCUCCCGCCAGCCCUUCUCCCCUACUUAGAACAGUUCAAGCGGAUCACCCUGUGGUUAGGGGAGGACCUCCGCUCCUGGGAAGCUGCCAAACUCUUUGCCCGCAAGCUGAACCCGAAGCGUUGUUCUUUGGUGCGGCCAAGUGACCAACAACUACAGCCCCUGGAAGCUUUCACCCAGGGCAUGAACCUCACCAAGAUUCUGCGCUCCGCUCUACCAGCUGGCCACAAGUCCAUCAUUUCAUUUCGCCAGCUGCGGGAAGAGGUGCUUGGGGAGCUGGCCAAUGUGGAGCAGGUGGCAGGUGUCAAGUGGGCUCGUUUUCCAGAACUGAACAAACUCCUCAAGGGCCAUCGAAAAGGGGAGCUCACUGUAUUCACAGGUGUGUAGCUAUGUGGUUUGUGGCACUUUAACUCUCAUUCUCCAUUCACUCUGUGUGUGUGUGUGUGUGUGUGUGAGAGAGAGAGAGAGAGAGAGAGAGUGUGUGUGAGAGUGUGUGUGUGUGUGUGUGUGUUCCCUUGUAAAUCUCAGCUGGAUGUCUUCCCUAGGGUCUCUUCAAAGGAUACUGCCAGUAGCUGACUGACUUUUCAUUCACAAGUCAUUUACAAUCAAAGGCUUAUUGAGCCUUCAAUUAGAAAAUGAUGCAGUAUGCUUUAGUACUGUGUGGUUCUUGGCUUUUUUGUUGUUGUUGUAAUGCCUGCUUGCCAGCUCAAUGACUUGUUGCAGAGUUGGGCUACCUCAAUCUGGUGGCUCUUGAGCUGUCCGUUUUUUCCUUCAGGAAUGUAAGGACUCUAACCUAUAUUUUGCUAUUUUCUGCCUUGGACCAAUUUUCAUGUCACUACUUGCCAUGAAUGCUGAUUGCCGUUACUCCCACUAAAUAACUGGGUUGUUUUUUUGUUUACAUCUGUAGUGGGUGGUCUUUCAGAAGAAAGGGCGUGUUGGUCUACACAUGAAAACUCAAGGUGAAAACCAUCUAUCCUGUAGGUUGCAACAGCCUGCCCUCAUAUUAAUUUUAUCCUGUCUGUGGAACAGGCCCAACGGGCAGUGGGAAGACAACCUUCAUCAGUGAAUAUGCCUUGGACCUCUGCACACAGGGAGUGAACACUUUGUGGGGCAGCUUUGAGAUCAACAAUGUGCGCUUGGCCAAGAUCAUGCUUACCCAGUUUGCCAUGGGGAGGCUGGAAGAGCAGCUGGAAAAGUAUGACGAGUGGGCAGACAAGUUUGAGGAUCUUCCGCUCUACUUCAUGACUUUCCACGGGCAUCAGAAUAUCAAGUAAGGUUCAGGGUGGCAGCUUACCUCCUGCAUGUCAUGGCUUAAUGUUCUUGAUGUGAUGCAGUGGUGGGCAUGAAGCAAUGUUUUAGUUGUUCAGAUGCUAAGGCCGCAUUCCUGUUCAUAUUUCCACGUGUGACCCUUAUUUCAAUCUCUCCUUUUUCAGGAUUGAUGAUGAAAGAUGUGUGUGUAAUUGUGAUGGUCUCUUCCAUGCAGGACAGUGAUAGACACCAUGCUGCAUGCUGUGUACAUGUAUGAUAUCAGUCAUGUGAUCAUCGACAAUCUCCAGUUCAUGAUGGGCCAGGAACAGCUCAAUGUGGACCGGUAAGCUCUCCCCCAUGCAUUCAUCCUUUGGCCUAGACUCUUUUUUUUUACAACACUGUAUUUCUCCUCUACCUUCUUUAAAAAAUGACUCAGUGUGUCACUUAUUUAUAGUGACAUGAAAAUAAUUGUAAUCAUGCAAACAGUAGUCCUGACUGAGAGUGAAUUUCUUUCUUAACCAUAGAUAAGCAUUCUUUUGGUAGUGACAGUAACUACAGUUAGGCCUUCUAGUCAUUUUUAUGUUUUAUUUUUUGUGGUCAUUUUACGGUAGUGUAUUUGGAUUUUAAAAGUUGUACUGUGUUUUAAGUGUCUUGUAAGUCACCUUGAGACUUUUUAUAAAAAGCAGUGAACAUAAUAAAUAAAUAGGAACAUGUUCAAGAGGAAAAUAGUCUCUCUCACUAUGAAAAUGUGCAGUUCUUCUUUUCAUCUUCUACUAAUAUUCAUUUCCCCUCUCUAGCAGGUAAACAUCAAGUAACCUUUCUUUUCAAAUUGUGUUCUUUGUACUCACUAUUCAUGUGUCUAAUGUAAUUACUUUUGCUACAAGGUAUAUUUAUUCCACCAUGUUGCCAUUCUAGGCUAGCUGUGCAAGACUACAUAGUGGGUGCCUUCCGGAAGUUUGCCACAGAAAACAGCUGCCACGUCACUGUGGUCAUUCACCCCCGGAAAGAAGAUGAAGAGAGGGAGUUGCAGACGGCCUCGAUUUUUGGGUCUGCAAAGGUGAGAAUUUGUGUGGAAGUGGGCAAAUUUGGUCUUUGGAGAGCUUAUAUUUCCAGCUUAGCUCAAAGUGUGUGUACAGUGGUGCCUCGCAAGACGAAAUUAAUUCGUUCCGCAAGUCUCUUCGUCUUGCGAGUUUUUCGUCUUGCGAUGCACGGUUUCCCAUAGGAAUGCAUUGAAAAUCAAUUAAUGCGUUCCUAGGGAAACCGCCUUCAGACCAGGUCUGAAGACCUCUUCUGAAGGCUGGGGGGGGGGGGCAAGGGCUUUUCUUCCCACCCCCAGCAUUUUAAAAAACCCCGGGACAGCGGAGGACUUCUCCGCUGUCCGGGCGAUCUUAAAAUGCUGGCGGGCGGCAUUGCAACAUCACCCCGGGACAGCGGAGGCCGUCUCCGCUGUCCGGGGCCAUAUAAAAGCCCCGGGGAAGGCAGGCAGGGGGGACAAAGACUUUUGCCCCCCGCCAGCCUUCAGAAGAGGUCCUGGACCUCUGGGCGAAAGUCUUUGCUCCCCCCGCCUUCAAAGCCCUCCGGGACAGGCAGGCAGGGGGAGCAAAGACUCGCCCCGCCCCGCCUUCAGAAGGUCUUCCCUCCCCCGCCCGGCUCGGAGCACCGUUCCGGAGCCGGGCGGCGGGGAGGUCUUCCCUCCCACCGCCCGGCCUCGGAGCACCGUUCCGAAGCCGGGCAGAGGCGGAGGUCUUCCUCCCCCCGCCCGGCCCGGAGCACCGUUCCGAGCCGGGCGGCGGCGGCAGGUGUUCCCUCCCCGCCCGGCCGGAGCACCGUUCCGAGCCGGGCGGCGGCGGCAGGUGUUCCCUCCCCCCGCCCGGCUCGGAGGAGCCUUCCGAAGCCCGGCCGCGGCGGGAGGAGGUGUCCCCGCCCCCCCCCCAGGCGUCGGACGAGGUCCCAGGACAGUGGGGGAGACGCGCGGCGCUUCCCCACUGUCCUGAGAUUUCCCUAUGGGAUGUCGUCUUGCGAAGCAAGCCCAUAGGAAAUUCGUUCUAUGAGCGCCUCAAAACGGAAAACCCUUUCGUCUAGCGGGUUUUCCGUCUUGCGAGGCGUUCGUCUUGCGGGGUACCACUGUACUUUAUCCUUAACAAUCAAGAGUUCAUUGCACCACUCUGUAUCCCUAACAUAGUGGUUGUUGGAAUUGCUAAGUCUGGUAUGCAAAUCUCUGUCCCUUUGAUCCCUUCUGGCUAUAGUAACCUGUGGGUAUGAGUAACCUGUGGACCUUCAGAUGUUGUUGGGCUACCACUUCCAUCACCCCUGGUUAUCCUGGAUGGGGCUGAUAGGAGUUGGUGGCCAACAGCAUCUUGAGAACCACAGGUUCCCCAUGUCUGGCCCAUAAGAAUCCAUUUUUUCUGCAUAUUUGGGGUGGUCUAACUAGACAACCCAUAGUCAGAUGAUUUAACCAUCUUCUGCCUAGCAACUCCUAGUGACAGAAGUAGGACGGCUUCAGCUGGCACCCUUUGAUGUACUUGUGCUUAAUUUUCUCCCGUUACAGUCAGUGGGAUUAAAGUGCUUACUCGUUUAUUAGAUUGUAUCGUUCUCACUUUUAAAGAGAAGUGCCAUUAUUUUUGAUCCAAUGAAGAUACCUACAUUGUGGUUCUUGAUCCUUAGCUGGCUGGAGGAUCUGAGAAAAAUACUGCAUGUCUCAACUUGUUGCGAAUUGUUUGCGGGGAAAACUGUGCAGAUAACCUGGGGAAAGUGUAGCAAGAUCACCUGACUGGCCUAAGACCCACCACAUUCAGUACAAUUGCAUUCAUAUUGCAUGUACUCUAAAUCUGCCUUUUUUUUAGCUGCAGGCUGCUGCUCCUCAUACUGCUGAGCUACAUUCCAUGCUGUACAAAAUGGCCGCCCCUUCUCCCCUCAAACAAUAACUUUCCUUCUGCAUCUCUUGCGCAGGCCAGCCAGGAAGCCGACAACGUGCUGAUCCUGCAGGACAGGAAGCUGCUGACAGGCCCAGGAAAGCGCUAUCUACAGGUCUCCAAGAAUCGCUUUGAUGGGGAUGUGGGAGUCUUUCCCCUGGAGUUCAGCAAAGCAUCCCUCACCUUUUCUACCCCCGUCAAAGGCAAAGCCAAGCUGAAGAAGGUAAAGGAUGACAAUGGUGUGCCUGCCAAGAAACCAGCAGGUGCCGGUGGAGCUUCGAAGAAGCAGAGGUCUCAGUCCCCCAGCAGCACAGUCCCUGCCCCAGGGACCUCUCCUGAUGAGUCCAUCAAACCAGGAGGAGGAAGAGGAGUGUAGGACUUGGAAAAGGGUUGGAAGCCAGCAAAAUCACUGCCUCACAUCUGAUCAUAGGAAUAAUCAUUGGACUGCAAAGAAAGGCACUGGCGGAAUAUUUCCUGCUUGGUUGCCUGUUUUCCGUUGGGAUAAUGUGCUGGAAAUAUGUAUGACAAAUCUGUGGGGUUGUCACAGGAUUUCCAGUAUCAUUUUACUAAUCAAGCAAUAAUUCGGAGAGGAAACUUUAAUACCGGCCUCGUUCCACCCGAGAGGCAACUACUGGGUGGCUCCAUGUGUGCAACACAGAGGAGAUUGUGCUGUUGGUGCAGGGAAGUAGCUUUGUUUUGCCAUCUUCGGCUUAGCCUUGGCCUGGAUUCAGUAGCUGCAAAGAGUGAAGACUAUAUCAAAAGGAACAUUGAAAGUACUUCCAAGUUGUUUUGUGUAUUUCUUGUACUACUAUGCAUACAGAAAAAUGGUUUGCUGCAGCCUAGUAAAGUGUUAGAUCCCUGGCAUGGGAUCAGAGGGGACAUGCUGUAUCCAUAUGCAUUGCAAAAAUCACUGGUUAAAAUUGCGAAUGUUACAACAGGAGCUGUGCUUUCUCUCCUAAUCUCAGGGCUUGAAUUAAAGUGAGAAUGGUUAAGUUGAGCCGAGGAGGAGUCAGCAAAUCCUGAGAUUUAAAUGAGCCAUGGGUUCGGCAAAGGGGAUUGACAAAGCACUUAGCUGUGGAGGUUGAGGAAACGGUUGGCACAAAGGUAAAUCGCUCUGAAAUGCCCUUCCUUCCUUCAAAUUAUUUCUUAUAUGCCUGUUCCAUACUGGCUCUGGACUUUACUGUUCUAGCCUAAUGUGAGUUCAGGAGAGGAGAUUACUUGAAGGAAAAACCACACUAUUAAUGUAUUCCAAAGGGGGCUGUUGAAAUGCUGUCAUUAAGAAAAGUAGCAACUUUGUUGAAAAAGCCUUUUCUAAAGCAUUCAUGGUUCUAUCAAACUUUUGGAUCAAUCUCCUUGGUUUUGAGGCUGAGUGGGUUUGGGUUUUGUCCACUUCAGUUUUAGCACCAAGAGAUACCUCUGUUUAGGAUAUAAACAUGUAGAAAUGCUGCUUUUUGAAAACCUAUCUCACAACUGACUCUGAUCAACGCAUAAGCUGAAAUGCUUAUGGAAGUAAAAGUGUGUUCCCUCAACCUUUAUGACUUUAAUAAACUGAACGACUCUUACGGGGCGGAGGGGCAGGAAUCCAAACUAAUUCUGACUGUGAUUUGGUUUGGCCAUGCACACACUGUCUUUUAACGGUAUUUGAAAUUAUCUAUGCAUUCUAGAAAUUACGGGUUAAUCGACAUUGUGUUGGAUGUUGUGUCAUUUAUUUAAAUUAAAAACAGUACAGUUUGUACUUAAUGUGUGCUGUUCCUUAUACUGUCCACAAGAGGCCAGCCUGUUCAAAUGGAAGAUUUACAUAAUAUUCCCAUGCUAACCCACAGUACCUCCAUCACGUGCCAAGCACUGGCAUGCUUCUUUGAGCUCUGAAAUCGCAGACACAAGAGUAUAGCAGCAAAUUCACUAAAACAGGCGAUUUGUGGUGUUACUAGCAGUAUCAUCUAGCCUAAGAUUCCCUAGAUCUAACGUCCCUGAUAGAUGCUCAACUACUCUUAAUCAUCAUCAUCAUCUACAGGUAACUAACUUCCAUAACCUUCCAAGUUCUUAUUUUUGCAGUUAAGAGGAUCCCUCACUCAACCCAAAAUAUGUUACCCUUUUUCUUUGGGCCUGCAUUUUAGCUAGUUAAGAACUUCUGUAAUUAUCAACAUUGCCUGCAAAUGAAAACACUUACUUCGGCCUUUACUCACAUGUUUUCCAUUCCAGUAACCUGACCUUGUAUUUGAGCAAUCACUGAAUAAGAGCAGAACUCAGAAAGCAUAGAAGGACCAGCAGAAGUGAUGCAGGAGAUGUUUGUAGUUUUUGUGAGACAACAUGUAGGGGUGUGGCGAGAGCAACCCUUUUCAUCUGAUCUUAGGGUUUCAGGGCUUAAUUUGUGGGCUAUAAGCACUCCUUGAUCAUUGGCUAUGCUAACUGCGGCUGAUGUGAAUUGUAGCCCAAAAUGUCUGGAGGACACCAGGUUGAAUCAAGGGUUAGUUGAAGGUGAUGAUUUAUGCCAUUGCCAAUAGAAAAGAGCAGCAGGUCCACACAUAGUUUGUUAUAAUGCUGAGCGCAUAAUUACCCACUAAUGGGAUGGCAGCCAAGUGUUUCUUAAAUGGACUUCCAUCAACCUCUAAAAGUAUACUUCCUUUUGCAUGAACGUGGCUGUGUUGUAUCCUUAAUCUCUUUUGCCUACUCUGAGUUGGACAUCAUUUUGGUAAAAUGCAUGGGGAAAUUUAAGAGUUCCAUCCUGCACUUUGUAGGAACAUUAGGAAUCCACCUUACACUGCGUCAGCCUAUAUAAUUCAGUACGGUCUACUAUCUUCUCAACCAUGGUUCCCCAGAUAUUGUGUUGGACUACAACUCUCACCGACUGCAAGAAGAUCAAACCUCUCCAUUCUUAAGGAAAUCAGCCCUGAGUGCUCACUGGAAGGACAGAUCGUGAAACUGAGGCUCCAAUACUUUGGCCACCUCAUGAGAAGAGAAGACUCCCUGGAAAAGACCCUGAUGUUGGGAAAGAUGGAGGGCACAAGGAGAAGGGGACGACAGAGGAUGAGAUGGUUGGACAGUGUUCUCGAAGCUACCAGCAUGAGUUUGACCAAACUGCGGGAGGCAGUGGAAGACAGAAGUGCCUGGCGUGCUCUGGUCCAUUGGGUCACGAAGAGUCGGACACGACUAAACAAGAACAACAACUCCCACCAUUGCUGACCACUGGCUUUGAUGUAGUCCAACAACCUCGGGCCCAGCACUGGAGAACAGAGGUCUGCUGUACUGACUGACAGCACUCUCCAGACAGGAAUAUGUCCCAGCCCUCCCUGCAGAGCUUGGGGACUGAAGCUGGGACCUUAUGCAUGCAAUGUGUGAUCUCUACCCUUUCCUCUCAGUUCUGUCUCAUUGGUCCAAGCAGUGCCAAUUCUAGCUUUUUGGGGUGGGUGAGUGGGCCUGGAUGAAGUGCUGUCAGUGGGCCUCAUUCAUGAGCAUGGUUGCCACUGCCUAUUUGCUUACCUUUCCCCUUGGGUCCAAUUGGUACCGCCUCCUAGAGGGAAAGAACAAGAAGUCUGCAAACCAUUGUUCUUCUUGCUCCUCUCACUACUUGCUUGCUCAAGGGAGGUAGCAGCAGGGUCAAGCAGAAGAUUCAAGAGGCUGCAGAAAGGACAGUUAACCUGUAGUCCUCCAGGUGAUGUUGGACUCCAACUCCCAUCAGCCCUAGCAAGCCUGGCCAAUGGUCAGGGAUGGUCAAAGUUGCCGUCCAAGAGCAGCAGGAGAGUCAUGCAUUUCCCAUCCCAGGGCUAUCAUGAGUGGCAGUGAACACCCCUGCUGGAGGCAUAAGCCCAAAGAGAACUAUAAACCGACUGAACUGAAGAGUUGCUGAAUUAAACGGCAUCCCUGUCAAUCUGGUUGCUGAAAUAUAAAAGGGUUCAGUCGCUUCUUGUGUAGAGCUAUGUGGGGUCUGGAAAGGAAGUCUUGGCAUUUUGUUGAAUGUCUCUGGCGCCCAAGGCCUCUUGUGCCAUAUUGUUGCUCUGCUUUGCCAAGCCUGGAAAGCAUUGCUGGAGCCGGACAGUCCUGCACCUCUCCAGAUCAGCACCGUCAAGUCUCUGGCACGAGGCCUAACUGCUAUGAGAGGAAAGUUAACUUCCUUCAGGGCUCUCUGCGAGGGUCUGGUGGCACAAAGACCCUGCCAAACAGCUGUGCCGGGUCUGUUUUCAUGGUCUGACGCAGACCUGUUUUCUCACACUUGCCCUCAUUUGUGUCAGAAAGCUACAUGGCUGGGGGUAUGAUCAGGUCAGGGUGAGGUGAAGAGAGAAGGUGCAACCUUUCUCUAGUAAUAUGCUUUUCUCUGUGGCUAGGUUGUUUUAGACUGUUCCUCCCCUCCCCUCAGCAGCAAUUCCUUCCCCUCCAUGCCAGUGUUUGAAUUGCAGGAGGGAACCAGCCCCUAAUCUUUUGCAAUGGGCCCUGCUUAGAAAGGCUACAGGGAGGACAUGGUUGUCUAAAACAGACCAACGGGGAGAAGGGGGCUUGUGAAUUUUAUUAUGGGACUCUUCCAGCUUCCUCCCUAUAUCUUUAUGUGCUGGUUUUGUUCCCUUCCUCCAUACUGGCCUUUAUCAACCUAGUACCUGACAGCAGUUUUGGACAACAACUCCCAUCAGCCCCAGCCAACAUCAGGCUGUCCGGGCCUGAUGGGAAUUGUAGACCAGAAUGUAUGGUGGGUGCCAUCUUGGUGAAGUGAAGUACACUGUACAAUUGCAGGUUCCAAAGGUUUAUCCCACAGCAGAGGGUGGCUGAUCCUGGAAGGACUCUUUACUACAUACCUCAACCUAGUUCUAGUCAGAGCAUUCCCCUCUGUUCUGUAGAGGGAUGGAAAGGGACCUGGGCAACUGCAGCUUUUAAUAAUUAGCUUUUGGCAGCACCAGGGCAGGAUGAAAAGAACUUGGCCACUGAAUGAUGGGAACUGGAAGGAGGCAGAGGAACAAGGGCCCAGGGCUGGCUGAGAAUCGGGUCUGAACACUGAGCCAUGGGCAGGGCCUAUUCCUCUGAGAGGAUGACCCAAUAGCCCGGUUCCCAGUUAGCCUUCAACUUGGCAGCAAGGGAUAUUUUGAAUCCAAACAUCGCACAUUGCAACAGUCUGGACAGAGCGGCACACCAGACUCUGAGCGUGUUUCAAACUCUUCUGCCUCUUGAUUUGUGGUUUGAGUUGAAACCAAGGCUGGAGCCUGGAAUUCAAACGGGGCUCAUCGGAAGCUGAGCUGUGCCUGGAAGCGAUUUCCUUUGCUAUGGCUAGCUGCUCUUGAAGCAUGAUUCAAUCACAGGCUUCCACCCUCCCUAACCCAAAGCUGUGGGCAAACCAGACAUUUGCAUCUGUCAGGAAAUAAGUGAUUUGUGCAACAUUGGACCAUCUGUAUUACAACAUGUUUUUCACACCCUUCAAAGAGCCCCUCCCCCAUGUACUCCUAUGAGGUUUAUUUGGCUGAGAGAACCCAAGGUUACCCAGGGCUUGGCUUAUGUGCCUCAGUGGGGAUUUGAAUCCUAUCUCCACAUUCACACCUUAAAGAGCAAUGAAUGCUUUUUUGUUGGUUCUUUUUCACUACACAUUCCCUUGCUGUCUGUUCACACCAGCACUGGUCAGUGCCUAAUUCAUUUCUGCAAAUGCUCACAUUGGGAAGUGUGUGUGAUUUCUUACCUCAUCCAUAAACAGGUGUGUUUAUAGGUUUGGUGACAUCUAGGCACGGUGCCUGGCUGAUGUGUAGUCUUUUGUAGAGGUGUUCAUGCCCUUAAAGGAAACGGAUCAGGCACAUGCUGAGGGGAAAAGCCAGCAUGAAGCUGCUUUGAGAAGCAAUGUAUCAAACAGCAGCAUUCCAUGAAGAAGUCCAGGAUCACAACACAUUCUGGAUAUUGCGGUGUGAACAUGUGUUAAAAAGCCAGCACUGGAGCCGCAGUAAACAGAAGUGUGAACACACCCCAAGUACCUCAUUCCAGUCCAACUUCUGAGCUUAAGGCAUGCUGUUUAGAUCAGGCACCAGUGACUAUCGACACCUAACUUCAAUAGAAACUGCUGGGAACACAGAAUGGUGGGGAAAGGAAAGGUGUUAUCCUGGUCACAGACUGUGAUGGUUGUUAAAGGUGUGCAAAAUGGGUUGAUAAGAUGGUGCAAUGUUUGUGUUUCUUGCAUCUUGUCCUUAGGGAGAUAUGCGAAGGGCUCCAGAAACUCUACAAAGAUUUCUGCACAACAAGCAAGAGCACACCAAAACACAUCUGCCAUAGCUGCUAGCAGCUUGAUCUGCAAACCAGUUAAACUAGAGUCCUUGGAUUAAUGCUGCUUGAGUCCCUUUGAUCCCAAGGAGAUUACAGUUAAGUGUUCCCAGUAACCAGCUUGUUAAUGAGGUGGUUUGUUUCACUAAAGCACAGCUACCUUCCCAGUAGAGGCAUUUCUAGAAUUCUGACCCAGCCAUGGGUUUGUUUGUUUUUGCAUUUAAAGCAAGAUAUUGCAAGAGCUGAGCAUUAGAUCAAGCCAGAAUUCCUUACUAAAGGCAUUGAUUAAGCAAUACCAAUUUUGCAAGAUACCAGAUGUGACUUGGUUCUGAUUAGUAUGCAAACUUGAACUGAAGUAUUAUAAAGCCUGUGGCUCAAUGUGCAGUCCAAUCUUAAACAGUACUGAGUUAUGUGGGACAGAUUAUCUCAUGUACAUAGAAUUCUAGCUCUUAAUAAAAUAUGUAUGCGAGAAGGUCAGGACACAUAUGUGAAGAAAGGGCCUGAGCUGCCCACCAUUUCCCUAAACAAUUGUCAUGUGUCUCCUGUUAUGCUUUCUCAUAUGCAAAAAAGAGGCCUAUCUGACCCCCCCCCAAAAAAAAACCCUUCAAAAAGCUGGGCUGCUUUUUGCAGCUUGUUCCCCUCAACACCAGAGAAUCCCAUUCCCUUUUCAGCUUUAGGGUUCCAAGACAAUCUUAUGAAGCUGACCAGCCCUGCUGUUUCUUUGAGAGUAAACUUGAACAAGGCUUGUUUUUAGGCUACAGUUAGUUCAGACUGUGCUCAGGUUUAUUUUGUAUUUUGUUUUGACUUUCUGCCUGUUCCCCCUCUUCCUUUAUACCUUAUAAAGUUUCUUAAUUUGACCAAUGAUGUGCGCAUGGUUGCCAGCCUUAGGGUUUUAGAAUCUCCAUGUGCCUAGAUGCUUGGUAGUCAGGCUACUGGGAAUUUAGGAUUGAAUCAUAAAAUCACAGAAUCAGAGUUGGAAAGGACCCCAAGGGUCAUCUGGUCCAACCGCCUGCAAUGCAGGAAUCUCAACUAAAGCAUCCAUGUCAGAUGACCAUCCAACCUCUGCUUAAAAACCUCCAAGGAAGGAGAGUCCACCACCUUCUGAGGGAGUCUGUUCCACUGUCAAACAGCUGUUACCAUCAGAAAGUUCAGACGAAAGUUCAUCAGAAAGCAGGCGAAAACAAGCUUGCUCCAUCUUCCAUGCGACAGUCCUUCAGAUAUUUGAAGAUGGCUACCAUAUUUCCUCUCAGUCUCCUCUUUUCCAGGCUAAACAUACCCAAUUCCCUCAACUCUUCCUCAUAAGGCUUGGUUUCCAGAUCCUUGAUCAUCUUGGUCACCCUCCUCUGCACAUGUUCCAGCUCGUCAAUAUCUUUCUUAAAUUAUGGUUUCCAGAGCUGGACACAGUACUCCAGGCGUGGUCUGCCCAAGGCAAAUGGCACUGGAUAAAGAAAUGGCACCCUGGUUUUGGUUCAGAAAUGGACUUCUGAGAUAAUCAGGGCGGAACCAUUUGAUGCCGGAGUUUUCCCCACCUUACUUCCCAAGAGAUUGGGGGAUUACUCUGGCAAAGUUGGAAUCCUUAGCUUGCUGCGUCCCCCUCCUUCCUGAGAAAACUCUGCUGCGAGGGAAGAGAAGGGAAAGGGAGACGCUGGGCAGGGAGAAAUCAGCAGCUGUAUCUUUGCCCAGUUGUCAAAGCCACAUACAUGGGGACCUUUCUCACAGAAAACUGGCAGCUGAGUUCCAAGCAGUCCAUCUCCAGGCGGGUGGAAGAAGAAGAGAGUGGGCGGGUGGGAGGCUUAAGAACGGGGAUCAUAUUCCCAGCAGCUGGGCCUGGCUUUCUCCUCGCCACUUCUCCUCUUCUCACCCCUAAUUCCCACACUCCAAACAUCAUCCCUCCCCCCUCACCUCCAUCCUUUCUUUAAUCACUCAUUGAAAAGUUUAUUAGGGAGGGGUUGAUUUAAAGGACAGCUUGCCACCCGUCCUUCUCUGCUCCCCUCUAUCAAAGCCGUUGAGAAGUCUCUCCUGCCAAGCCCAUGUACUGGUCUGUGGAAGUAGGGGAAGAGUGCUUAGCAAUUGAGGAAGGCACUGUGUGAAUGAAUGGGUGGUGCAGGCAACUGGACAGAGUCUGUUCACUGUUCUAGGCACAGAACGGUGCCAGCAAAGUCUAACUGCCAAGUGUGAGAAAGGCCAGUCAGUGACAAAGGAGCCGCUGAUGCAUCAGUUUCCCCACCUUGCUCUCUCCCAGCGCAUCCAGACCUCUAACACCCAUCAGAACCCAUUCAGUUUAGCGCCCAUAUUCACAUGUUCAUGCUACCCUGCCUCCCACCUGCUCUCCUUUGGAGGGAGCGAGAGGUUGCAUUGCAAACUGGCACCUGGAAGCAUUGAUCAGGUGAGCUGCCCCAGGUGCCACAUUGUUGAGCCCCUGGCUAAGCACUGUAGUGUCUCUGGCAUUUUGCUUUUGUUAAAUAAGCAGCUUGUGUGUGGCAGGGACAUAUUGAAGACCGCAGCACUGUACUCUAGCCCUGUGGUGGGCAGACAUCGUGAAGGGUGUUCACUGAGCUGAGCACCUUGGAGGAAAUGAAGGAUUAAAAUAUGUUAUGUUAAGAUGACUGUAUUAGCGUGUGAUGAAUUCUGCAAAGAGCUGCCCGAUCCACAUUCCCAGCAUACCAAUUUCGUUGCAUUAAUUAAGCCUCACUGUUACAGUUUGGAAUUUGGAGCCAUAUUUAGAAUAUGCAAACACUCACAAGCCUGAGUGAUUUGCCCUUUUGUGUUUUAAAAUAGAAGCAUAUUGCAUACCAAGCAAAAUAAUGAUCCUGAAUGUGUUAACCGGAGCCGGAAACACAACAAAAAGGAUGUUAGUCUGUCCACAAAAAAAGAAGAAAUGAGAGUCUUUGUAAACUCUGAAUCCCAUAGGUUUAGGAGUCAUGUGUCAUUUCCCACCCUGCACCCCCUCACCCCCACGCUCUUCACCUCCAGCUGGGUGCAGAACAGACAUCCUAAUUCAUUACCCUAAUUAACUAUGAUCACGUCUUCUCAUUAUGCUAAAUUAUUAAUACUUUGGAAAAUUAAUUAUAACUUUCGUUUUUCUCCCACUGGUGCCUUUCUCGUUCUAAUGGAAGCCAUGAGGUCAGUGAUCUCUCAUGAUCAAGGGACAAAGUAGCAUUGCUCUUAACUCUGGAGACCUGUGUGUCUGUGCCAGAAUAUUGUCGCUGUGGUGGGCAGUUUUUAUUGCUUGUUAUUUUAAUUACAUAUAACAGGCUGAUAUAAAUUUCUGAAUUUCUUAAAUAUUCUGACAAGGAUGCUUCAUUGUGAUAUUUAAGAAUUCCCAUACAUUGGUUUAACCCCCCACCCCACCCCAAUCCUCUUCUCUGGAUUAUUGCACACUUUAGACUGAUAAUGGAAGGGCUAUAGCUCAUGUGUUGCAGGCAAAGGGUCCUGUGUACAAACACCAGGGAGCGCUUGGAAACAGUUGUGACUUAAACAAACCCUGGAGAGAUGCUGCCGUCUAGUAGACAAUACUAAGCAAGGCUACUGGAUAGAGCAGCUUCCUACAUUCCUGUGAAGGUGCUAGUUUUUGUUGUGUUGCCCUGCGUCAAACUGUGGGCUUAAAUCAACUAGUCAACCACGGAGAAGUAACACCUUUAAUAAAAGAAGGAAGAUAUCGUACCACACACAGAGAGCUGGCUCAGCUGUUUUCAGUUUUCAAGUAAGAGCUUAUCCUGUUGAGGAAUAGGGCUUGCACAUCCCAUAGGCAUCUGGUUGACCAUUAUGAAAACAGGAUGCUGGACUUGAUGGGCCACUGGCUUAAUCCAGCGGUCUGUCUAAAGUCCCUUUCACAUCUCAGCACAAUUGUACAAUUGCUUCAGUUUUUUAAGUAUGAGGGUUGGGGUGGGAUUGACCACUCAGCCAUGAAAACCACUUUAGUAGCUGUGGGUCUCAGCUUGGCAUUGUCCACAGGAUUGUGGUGCAAAUAAAAUGUAAUAACCCAGGGGUUCCUCAAACUGUGGUCCACGGGCUGAUUUUGAUACAGAUGGUAUGUAGCAUAUCUAUGGAUUUGUGGUUUUAAGACAGGAGACAGCACUUCCAUCACAUUAAACAUGUGAUUUUUAAUUGAAUUUGCAUUGCUUCUUUUCUUUCUUAUAUUGUACGCAUUACCAUUUUAAUUCUAUGGAAUUCAAACUGUAAUAUGGUAACAUGCAACGUAUAUGAAAUGAAAUGAACAAUAAACCUACAAUUAAAAACCAUACAGCGUCUAGUACAGUGCACUGCAGUUGCUACAACAUGCAGCAAAAUCAUUAUAUCAUCCGCCAAGACCCUCAGCAAUUUUUCAAGUGGUCCGUGGAGGGAAAAAAGUUUGGGAACUGCUGGAGUAACCUCGUGUAUGCAAUCCUGAGUUCCUAAGAAGAAGAGCAAGAUACAAAAGUGACGGAAAUAAAACAGAAGCCGGCAGCCAGCCAGUUGAAAACUGAAUGUGCAUUCUAGUCAAUGAUGUUUUUGUGCUCAUGCCAGAAGGCAGGGAGAAAUGAAAAAAGAGUUCUGGGGAUGGAGUCUUGUCCAGAGUAGGGGGAUACAGCCUUAGUGUCUUAGGCCCAACUCCCUUGCUUGCUUUGUGAUUGAUCAGGCCCUGCAUAAAGUGGGUUUUGUGUUUUGGAUUCACUGAGGGAAGUGACAGAGACAUUGGAGGGAAGAUGUCCCUCUCUGCUUUGAUGCUGCCUCAGCAUUCCCAAAAAAGCAGUGCACUGUUUAAAUAUUCAACAUCUAGGUUGAAAUAUUAAACAUUCUGACUCUUCUUCCACAGUGGGAGGCUGGACACAGUGAAAGUGGAGACAGGGCAUUGCGCCAGACGGUGUCUUCUUGAUGGAACUGUCUGGCUCUACUCAAACAGACUUGACACCCAGGGGCUUAGUCCCCGAAAUGGAAGGCUGGCUGAGGGGCACGAAAGCAGUUCUAAAGUACUUGGGGGAAGGUUGAAUGUUCUCGGCCAAGAAGCAGAAGGCCUAUCCUUCUUUACGCUUGGACAAGCACCAAUUCAAGUGACCACACGGGAAGGAAUAUGUGUGUGUGUGUGUGUGUGUGUGUGUGUGUGUGUGAGAGAGAGAGAGAGAGAGAGAGAGCGCAGUUUAAGAGGCAUACUAUGCCAUCCUCUGAGAAACAGCAAAAGAUUCAGGGGUACAUAUUCUGAUUUUGCAGUGCAGUGCUGAAAGGGCAAUGUCUUAGAUUUGGGUCUCAGGUGAAAAUUGUUUACAUGAGAUGCCUGACUCAGAUGCUGGUAAAGUCCAGAUGUCUGGAGACUUCUUGUGGUUACCAAGUGCCAGGGGGAGGAACACACAUUUUACAUACUCUUCUUUAUUGCUCCAAAACAGCUUCUUUCCUAUAGAUGUUUCUUGUUUUUCUUUUUAAAAGAUCUCGCAUAGUCAAGCAUUUGUGAUCAGCUAGGUGUGUUCCAUGUGAGAACUAAUAUUCAACCAAAGCAAGGCAAUGAGAGAUUAUGCAUAGUGAGUCUUCUUAUAAGAAUUCUCAGAUCUCAAAUAUAGAAUAAAUAUUUAUAAAUGCACACAUAUCUAAAUACUGUAUAUAAACCAUGUGUCUGAAAUAGUACAGGAGAGCAAUGCUAAAGCCAUUUUUACUCUCCCAGGGACCUCAAAUAUUCCUCUGCAGUAAGGCAGACAAAGCUUUCCCAUUGUCUUUUUGGUUACAAAUCCUGUCAUAAGGGUGUACAGUGGUACCUCGGGUUACAGACGCUUCAGGUUACAGACUCUGCUAAUCUAGAAAUACUACCUCUGCAUAAGAACUUUGCUUCAGGAUGAGAACAGAAAUCAUGCGGUGGCGGCGUGGCAGCAGCGGGAGGCCCCAUUAGCUAAAGUGGUACCUCAGGUUAAGAACAGUUUCAGGUUAAGAACGGACCUCCAGAACGAAUUAAGUUCUUAACCUGAGGUACCACUGUAUUUGUGUACGAACAGGGUGAGCCUGUGACCUGGAUUCAGGAACUAAAGUAUUAACCAUCACAAAAGAAUGGCCAGGCUGCCCAGGUAAUGCUACAAGUGACCAUUAUCAGGUAUCCUGACAGACAGGAUUUAUGCUGUAGACCACCUCCUAUGAUGUAUGAUGAUUUUAGGGUGGUCUUUGGCUAAGAGACUUGGGUGAUAUCUAAAGUCUUUAAAGGUUCCUGCACACUUUUGUUCUGGGUCUCUUCCUCCUUGCAAAGAGGGGAGGGAACUUUGCUGUAACAGAAAAAGAAGUAUCUGCCUUCCUUUCCACUGGAUCCUGCCUCCAUCCAUUCUUCUCUGGCCAAUCAUGGACUUAGGGGAUUCAGAGUCCCAUGGGGACUUGGGCAGCAAAGGCCAAGCCCCAAUUUUUACAUGAAUUUCACAUUAAUUAAUUUCAGGAGAUUUGAAGAAAUAACCUGCAUCGGACAAGCCUGUUUUGCUGAAAAAGGGACUAAGUGUUUAGACUGUCAGACCCAGGUAUUAAAAAAGUAUCCCCAGUCUCUUGGUUUUGCCUUCUGGCUUUUAUUCUGUAUUUUCAGGCCUUUCCCCACAGCAAUAAAAGAUACAAGAAAAGGUGGUCGUGAUUUAAUCAUUUGACUCUGGAGAGUGUUGCUUGAUGUUGGAUCUGUCAGGGCCUGGUUGAUGGAACAGGGCAGCCUAAUUUGUGGUUCGCUGAAGAGUCAGUGUGCCUAGAUUUUCACCUUUGUAGAACUGCCAAAUUCCAGGUUAUUAUAGGCUGCCUACUUACCUUGUCCUGCUGUCUCCUCCAGAUGCUUUUGUUCAUAUCCUAAAGUCAUGAUGACAUAGUGAUUACAUGUUCUAGUGAGAGACCAGCAAGCAGCAUACCUGUAUUCCACCCCAAAGGUGACACAUUUUCUGUAUAUGUAAAACUUGUAAUUACACUUUGGUUAAACCAUAAGUGAGUUAAUCUGUUGCCUUACAGAAUAGGUUGUUAUUUAAAACUAAUAUAAAGGUAGGAAGAAAAAAGUUAGGGUGGUGGAUGAGUGCACAACAUACUUGUCAACUUUUGCAAAUCCUAAGGAGAUAAUAAUUAGAUUUGUUCCACUCGUGCUGGUUUUUUGUUGCAUUGGUCCCCCACCCUUUUCUCUAAGAAGGUCUGGAGAACAUGCAUGGAUUAUUCCACUUUCACACAACAACCCUGUAAGGUAGGUUAAGUAAGCUGAGAGAUAAGUGACUUGACACUCAAUGACUUUUUUGGAUGAGUUGGAAUUUGAAACUUGGUUUUACCUCACUUUACCCCUGUCCCAUGACCCACACUUGUUGACCAGAGCUCAGUUAAGAAACACACACUAAAGGUCUAUUGUUCAGCUCUUUUUUUUGUAAUCUUAAGUGACUUGUAGCUGACCUUUUGCAAAAUUCAGCUUGUUUAACUAUCCAGCUUGCUCUAUUACCAAACUGUUCUUAUUCCCUCAGUGCAAGGACAGUUCAGCGGUGGCCCAAAUUGCCUACGGAGACUGUAGUAUCUUGUUCUUUGGGAGUUUCAAAGAAAGAGGAUCUGCAUAUACUUGUCAGAGCAGCUGUAGGAAUUUUUGCCUAAGAACAGGACAUUGAACUAAAUGGCCUUUCUUCUCUGUGUUUUCCCCCCCUUGUCUGAUUUAUGUAAUUGUUAUGUUACUUUACAGAGUAACAAAAGGAGAAAGACAGGAUGCUGUAUCAAGGAACUUACAAUAUAAACACUGGGCAUGUGAAGGAAUUGGACUCUUCAUAAAAAUAAAAAAUAACAAGUUUGGUUUGAGAAUUAUGGGGUUAAUUUGCUCCCUCUAGCUAACCUUGUCCAGCAGGUAAACACUUCUUUAUUUAUUUAACAAAAAUUAUAUAUCACUUGAUUGUAAUAAAGCCUCUAAGUGGUUUACAAGAAACAUUAUCAAUAAAAACAGCUAAAAUAAGUGCUUAACAUACUUAAAGGGAUUUUCUCCAAAGCAAGCUGGUAUUCUUGCUGCCCCCCCAAAAAAACCCUACUGCCCAGGGCACAUACACCCCUUUGCCCCCCUGCCCCUUUAGGCACCGUUUGGAUUGCUCUGACUUUGCUUCUCUCCUAACCCUUUGUUGCUUGCUUGCUUGGUCUCCAACUGACCUGGCACUGGAAGUUGCUUUGGUUGCUGCUCACCUUUGGUGUUGCUGCUGACAAAUCCUUUGGUUACUCAGCUACCCAGUGAAAACAGGACAAUUGAUACUGUAAAAAAAGGGAAAAGGUGGCUCAGGGAUGUUGCUUGUGGAGAUCAAGGGAUCAGAUUGAUCAGAUCAAUGGAUCAGAUUGAUCCACAGGAACAUCUGAAGAACUCAAGCUUGGUGCAGGAAGGAGAAGAAAGGGCUGGGCUUUUAGUAAUUGAGAAGCAGUUUAGAUAGGUCUGGCUGGGUGUAUUUAUCUUGAUUUAUUUCUUUUGCUCUUUGGGGAUUAUUUUGUGACUAUGUAAUGAUUCAGAUAUAAGAAUAAUUCCUCCUCCUCCUCCUUCUUCUUAUUCUUCCUCUGUCACAACAACUAUCCUCCUUCGCUUUGUGACAGGACCAAUGGAGUCCUUUAUGUUUUUAUGCCUAGCCCCAACCUGGUAGCAGACAUGGCGUCCUUAGAAGACAAACCAGACACCCCACAGGUCAAGGACCUUGAGGAGCAAGCAGAGCAAUCUGAAUCCAACGCUGAGGAUCUCCCUGAGGGCCCCUCCAUGUUAAAAGUUGAUGCUGGAGCUGUCAGAAGAAGUGGAGCCUUCUCCUGGGACCCAAGAGCACUGGUGCCAAAAGCUUCAGGUCCAGACCAAAGAGCAGCAGCAUGUGUCUGCAGACCCACAGUCAUUGGUUAAUUUGUGAGUAAGGGUUCUCCAGAAGUGGCUUAGUCAUGCUGGCCACAUGACCCGGAAGCUGUACGCCGGCUCCCUCGGCCAAUACCGCGAGAUGAGCACCGCAACCCCAGAGUCGUCUGCGACUGAACCUAACAGUCAGGAGUACCUUUACCUUUAAGGGGUCUACUCAUGAGUAAGCAGUCCUAGGCACUCCUUCACUGACAGCAGCUGAGGUUAGGGUGUGGUGUAGAAGGGCAGAGUAUAUGAGGCAUCCCUCUUCAACUCAUAGCUUCAGUCUCCCUGCAUUGCUGGGUUGCACCUUGCCUGAACUCCUUGUGAUAUUGACCUUGGAAUGUUGUUCCGUGUUUUGUCUCUGAAUCAUGCUUGGACUUAGACUGAUUAUCUUAGUCUGUUUGGACUACAUCCACAAACUGUGCCCUCCAUUGGUGAGUACUUUUUGGUGAAGGCUUAUGUAUUUGGUAACUGGGACCCUAGCCCCUGGGGGAAGCCCUUGGCCUGUAACACUUAGUUUAAAAUGGUCUCCUAGCUGCCAUGCUGCAGGUGCUAUCCUCUGGCCAUCUUUCCUAGAAUGCCUCUCUCUGAGGAAGGACCAUCUUGGCCCUUUCUCUGAGCAAGGCUGGGGGGGGGGGGAGAGGAGAACCUUGGGCCCUGCAGAAACCAUAUGUGGAUGGUGGCAGAUUCAGCAGCAAGAUUAAGUGGACAGGGGAGCAGUUUGACACCUUCAUCCCCUGAGGCACUUGUCUCAUUCUGCUUCAUGAUUGUGCUUGUCCUACUUCCCAUCCCAGCUUCAGAUUGCUGUAAGCUCCUCCCUCGUGGUUAAUUUUAAUUCUUUUAAAAAUGUUUACUGGGAUGUUGUGCUGUCCCCUCCUGUACAACUCAAACACAGAUGUCUUCUUUUAGCUCUUAAAGGUAGCAAACACUCGCCAUAUUUAGCUCAAUGGCGGAGAACACGUUUUUCAUGGGAAGGUCCCACGUUCUAUUCUUUCGCCACUCCAAAAGAUCAGAUAACAGAUGCUGUGAAAGGCAUCUGUCUGCGAUCUUAAAGCAUGGAUGUGGGAUAUGUGGUCUCCAGAUGUUGCUGGCCUGCAACUUCUAUCUUCCCUGACUGUUGGCCAUGCUGUGUGGCACUCCUGGGAAUUGAAGGCAAACAACAUAUGGAGGGUCACAGAUUAGCCACCUUUGUCCUAGAAAGUCACUGCUAAUCGGAGCACAUUGUACUGGGCAUGUCAGACAAAUAGUCUGCCCUAGUCUAAGGCAACUUCCUAUGAAGAUCAUGCCCUCUCCCAACAGCAGUGCUGAAUCUUGCGUAGCAGAACUUCUUAAGGAGAAAAUACGUGUUUUGAUCAUCUGGAAGCUCUUCAGAAACCUAUAUAAGCCUGGUCAUAGGUGGUCACAGUGGUUCCCCCUCACUAUUGUUGCUGGUGUGGGAGAGGGAGUGGAGUUCUUUAUUUACUUAUUAUGCAGGCCACCCAAUAAAUAUAUUCUCUAGGUGGCUCAGAAGAAAUAAAAUAAUGAAAAUAUUGAAAACAGAAUAAAUAGCAUCACGAAACUUUCUCAACAACACAGAGAGAAAACCAGUCGCAUACCAGACAUUAAAAGCCCAGAUUUCAAGAUGGCCAAUUAUUUGAAAAGGUCUGGGUGAAUAAAAAGGUAUUUGCCUGGUAUAAAAAACACACUUAAAAUGGUGCCAGGUGAGGCAUUCUAGAGAGACUAUUUCACAGGCUGGGUGCCACCCGCAACAAUGUCCUCUGUGUAAUAAGCACCCACCUUGCUUUACUUAGUGGGGCAUGGAGUUGGGCUCCUGAAGAGCAUUUUAAGGUUCAGGAAGGUAUAUGUGGGAGAAAGUGAUCUUUUAAGCAACUUGCUUCUAAGCCAUUUAUAGAAACAUAGAAGUAAAGAGCUGGAAAGGAUCCCGAGGGUCAUCUAGUCCAGCCCCCUGCAAGGCAGGAAUCCUGCCCACCCACAGCCGUCCCUGGAUGGGCUUGAACCACCAACCUUCUGGUUAACAGCCAGAUGCACUGACCCAUUGCUAUGUUUCAAUAAACUGCAGCAAUGAUUCAGUACUGAAGAUCAGGGAAGGCAAAGGAAGGAAAGCCAUAAUGUCCUGAAAACAUUAUUGUAAGAAAACGGAAGGAACCUGCCAGAUUAUUAGAAUGUACUGAGGGAAACAGAAGUAAUUGAUUCACUAUUAAUUUCAUAACUGGCUGGUGGAGAUGGCAGGACUGUGUCUGUCCUUCUGUGAUGCAAGGGCUGUUUUGUGAUGGGGAACGCUAGUUGGAAGGAGCAGGAAAGCAUGUCGGCGUAGUGACAUGCUUCCAAUGGUUGCUGGAAUAUGCACACUCUGUGCAUCUGUCUUCUGUCUUGCAAAAAAUACAGAAUUUAGCUCCUUUAGAAUUUCAGGGGGAGUUGUUGGAUUUUUAAUUAUUAUUAAGCAGUCUUCACUUUUGCAGACAGGUUUGUUUUUUGUUUAAGUGUAGGGUAUCUGUUUUAAAACUCAGAUCUCUGAACAAAUUCAUGGAGGAUAAGGCUGCCAAAGGCUAGUUGCCUUGUUGGCUAUGUACUGCCUCCAUUGUCAGACCCAGCAUGCCUCUGAAUGCCAGUGGCUGGGAAUCGCUUCUUGCAGGCUUCCCAUAGAUUGGCCACUAUAAGAACAGGACCCUGGCCUAGAUAGACCUUUGGUCUAAUCCAAGGGAUUCUUCUUAUGUCCUAUUUUUUUUUUUAAAAAAAAAUACAACAUUACUUGUUUCACUAAUCUCCUGCAAGUAGCUCAGCAUAAUGUUGUUUGAUGCAACAUUGUCCUCACAGCAGCAAUAUUUUGUUACUGGGGAAAAGCCAUUCCUUUGCAUUUAGUACAUCCAUUUCUCUGUUCUUCUCCCAGUGGCUAUAAACAAAUAAGAAAUUUUGGCUCAGUCUCGCCUGAACCCCCACAGCUUUGUGACCAACAUAUUUUAAACUUGUAUGUGGUGCCAAAUCCUAACCUGCCUAAUAAAUAAAACACUAUUUACUUGUACAAAUGUCCCAUUCUUGGUUCAUUUCAUCCUGAUUUAUUUAUUUGCACCCUGUGCCUUUGAGUUCCCCAGGCAAAAAUUAGAUUUUUCUGUGCAAGCUUUUAACCUCAAAUAAUAGUUUUUCUCACUCUUGCUUUUUUUAAAUUCCCAUUUCAUGUGUACAGUGGUACCUCAGGUUAAGGACUUAAUUCGUUCUGGAGGUCCGUACUUAACCUGAAACUGUUCUUAACCUGAAGCACCACUUUAGCUAAUGGGGCCUCCUGCUGCUGCCGUGCCGCCAGAGCCCGAUUUCUGUUCUCAUUCUGAAGCAAAGUUCUUAACCUGAAGCGUAUGUAACCUGAGGUACCACUGUGUGUUGAAUUUUAUGCACACAAAGCCCUUUUUGUAACCUGAAAUGCUCCCAUAAUAAAAAACCCUCAAAGAGCAAACUUGCUGACUCAUGGGGCUGCUUGUUUUGGUUGCUUCGCUAGCUGACAGGCGUAUGCCAGAUUUCCAACAUAAUCAGUUUGGGAGUUGGACCAAAUACUCUCCUGGUGUCUCUUAAUUGUUUUUACUGAUUAUAUCUGACGUCACUUGACCACUGUCUCAAAUGUUCAUUCUGUCUGGACACCCGGGAGGAGACGAUUGUCGUAGCAUCAGUUCCUAAGUCUGUGUCUGAAUGGUAGCAAAUAAUGGAAAAUGAUUGCCUGUGGAUCUUUUUGCUCUCGGCAAUUCUGUAUGCCUGGAUUUGAUAUACUUCAGAGCUAUUUUAUUUGCUUGCGUUUAUUGUACUCCCUUCUUCUUAAAUCACAAUAAACUAAAACAGAUUGACUACAGCAAAACCCUUUUCUAUUUUCUUUCCUGGGGGAACUUCCCUGAACAGCAUAAUGUGUAUUUUCAUUUUGGCAAAGCAAAAACAACCCCCCCGCCCCAAAUUGUCGAGAAAAAAAAUGUUCUAAUCCUCUGAAUAAGUAAAGUAUCUCUUUCUUCAUGGUUUUGAGAAGUUUAAAGUCUUCAGAAUAAUAAUAAUAAAUCCUGAUACAUUAAGAAGUUAAAAGUUUUGUGGUGACAGGAUUGGUCUGAGGAAAAAAAUGUAAGGAGUAUUUUAUUUAAAAUGUAACUACUUUCUGCAUAUAGCUUUGCUAUAACUUGCUGAUGAAAUUUUGGAAUGCAUUUUUUUUAAUCCACAUGUUCUUUCAGCAAACAACAUUUGCAGUAUGUUCUCCAAUUUCAAAUCUGUGUGGUUUUCAUUAUCACACAAAGAUCAUUAUCUCCAGCAUGAAAAUUGUACUUUUCAUUGGCAGCUCUCCAUGGGCCUGUAUAUACAACCAAAUAACACGGGUGUAACUGAAUAUACUGGUGUUACUUGGUCAUGCCUGAUUGUCGCUGUUAUUAGUGGCAUACCAUGCUUUCAUCGUACCUCCAGUAUUAACUGCGACUGAGUAGGAGACAUUAAUUGCGUUGAUGGCGAUAGAUCCUUGGUGUGCUGAGCUCUACUUUGAUCAUGGCCACCAGGGCCUGUUCAAGACAUUUUGCUGCUUGAGGUGAAGGACAAGAUGCACAGAAGCCAACUGGACUGGUAGUUGAAUCUUUUUCCAAUGUUGGUGAAAGGACAGGGUCUCGCUUCACAAACGGCAAGCACCUAAAAAGGUAGCCAUGUUGGUUCCUAAGAAAGAACUCUAAAAUCCACAAUUGAGCAAUACUUUUACAGUGGUACCUCAGGUUAAGAACUUAAUUCGUUCUGGAGGUCCGUUCUUAACAUGAAACUGUUCUUAACCUGAGGUACCACUUCAGCUAAUGGGGCCUCCCGCUGCCACCGCACGAUUUCUGUUCUCAUCCUGAAGCAAAGUUCUUAACCCAAGGUACUAUUUCUGGGUUAGUGGAGUCUGGAACCUGAAGCGUCUGUAACCCGAGGUACCACUGUAUUGGGAUCAACCAGAAUGCCACAAAGGGAGGGGGCGAACUUUUGAGUUCCCUGGAACUAGUAAUUAUGCAAGAUGUUUCACGAAACAGAAGGUGAAGGAGGCAAAGACAAAUAAAACAUAAGAAGUACAGAAAUUUGGCCAUUGUUGUAACCAUAAGAUCAGCUUGCAUGUUCAUUGGAGACAGGACACCCUCUACCCUCCCCCGAUAUGGGUUACACACCUAGAGUUGUAGCCAGUGUUGGUUUGUGAGCAAUUUCAGUUGGUCCAUUAAUUUCAGUGGGUAUCCUUUGACUAGGACUAAGUUAGAUACCAUUCAUUGGAUUCUAGGAUGAGGAAGUCCCAAACUUCAAAUGAACUUUAAGCCUAAUUUUUGUACUUUUUGCAUUUUGUUUACUCCUUGUUCUUCUCGCCUCCUGUUUUGUGUAACAUCUUGUCUGUUGAAGACUUCUGAAGCACUCAAAAGCUGGCCAUCUUUUUGUGACAUCUUGUUGAGUCUCAAUAAAGAAUGUUGGAGUUGAGCCUACAAAAUAUGCAUGUAUCCCAACCCCUCCUUGCAAUUUUAAAUUCUUAAAAUCAGUUACCUGGAAGAGGAAUGGCAUUCCCUGCCCACCUACCUUGUGUGUAUAUACUAGGCAUAGGCAAACUCAACCCUCAAGGUGAUUUGGGACUACAACUCCCAUCAUCCCUAGCUAACAGGACCAGCGGUCAGGGAUGAUGGGAGUUGUAGUCCCAAAACAUCUGCAGGGCCGAGUUUGCCUAUGCCUGGUAUAUAUAGACAAACAAAUCCUUUUGUUUAAAGUAUUAUCUUCUUGUGGUUAACCCUAUAACCACCACACUCUACAUUAUCUAUCUCUGUAUAAGCAUUACUACCAGCACACAUUUCUGGAGGAGAGGUUGUAGCUUGAUGGUAGGGUGCAUGCCACCCAUACAGAACAUCUCAGUUUCAAUCCCUGGCAUCUUCUGGGAAAGGUCUCAGAAAAGCAGUAGGGACACUAACCAUGCACAGGGACUAGUGGUCAGAGCAGAUGGAGGUGGACAGGGAAAGUGUGUGUGAUCUUCCACCCUGGCUGCAUGUGACAUAGACAUGGUUUCAGCUCCAUAUGUUUGCUUGUUAAUGUGUAGUCUGUGCUUAAUGCUCACUGACUUUUCAAAGAAAAUCUUCAGCAGUCUCCCUGUAGAGAGAAUCGGCAGCAAUUGUGUGUGUGUGUGUGUGUGUUUGCUUACAUAACUAAGAGCCUGAUCCUAAAACACAUUCCUUCAGAAAACAAUUGCAAAAUGCUGCAUCAUGCAAGGGCACACACACACACACACGAAGCCUUGCAACAGCAGGGCUGUUAUGCCAGGGGCUCAAGGCAGUUAUGCAAAUCUUGGAGCAUCAGUUAAUGGCAAAACCGACUCUUUUUUCUUUAACGUUUCAUAAGCUACUAAUCAAGGGGUUUUUUUUAUCUUUAAUGUUUCAUGCGCAAAGUGUCUCCCAAAUGCUGUGUGAUUUAUGUAAGGAAUGAAAUGCAGUGAGAGCAGAGCAAGUCGACGCUUGGCUAAUUAUCUGAGCUAAAAAUGAUCUGAGCGAAAAGAAAAAAUCGAUAACAUGGUUAUGGAAACUACUAUGUGUGUAUAAUUGCAUGGAGAGGGGAACUUUUGACGUAUUUGGGUGGAGACAUUUCUUGGAGUGGGUGGACAGAUGCUGCUUGGUGUAAAAAAGAAUAAUGCUUUUAGUACGUUGCAGCCUGAUGCUAAAAAAAGACCACACACAUGCACACAAAACAAAACACUCCUAGCUUCGUCAGCAAAACAGGAAGAGGGUUGUCCAUGUGCUGUACAAAACAUCUCCCCGACUCCAUUAUUCCAGUGCAGCCUCUGGGAUCCUCUGUUUAGGUGCUUGUUGCAUGAAUACGAAGGUACAUCAGGGUUCUCACCCCCUCUGCCAGCGUAUUCUGGCCCUAGGAACUCAGGAGGAGGUCCCACCUUGAUGUAGAAAUUGCUCAGAACCUUGUAUCCCUCCCAUCCUAUUAUUCUGUGCUUCUAUAGUUUGGUAAUAGGGGUCUGUGCUCUACUCCCUGCUUUUUUGGGGUUGGAGGGGCUCCAGGCAUCUUCUGCAAAAGGUGAACAAAUGCAUUAUUCACUGGAGAUACAUGGUGGUUAAAAGGAAUGUAAUGGAGUGGAAAAACAGGCUUCUUCUGCUCCCUGCCCUCAAAAGCACAGGAAGUUAACUCCUGUCUCGCAGGCAACAUAGGAAAAGUCACUUGCCUUGAGAUGCCUGCAUAGCUAAUGUCAAAUAAUGCAUGCUCUGUGACAACCCUACGUGUUAAUUCCAUUGGAAAUUAUGGUUAAUGAAUUACACACAGUCUUUUUAUGCCAGCAUUUCUUUUUCAAGGAACUUAAUUUAGUUUGAUCACUCAUGUGUCUCCUGCUUUGCAGAGGUUUGUUUACCUGCUUGUCCCAGCAUGAAUUUGCCAGAUGUCCCUUCUUUUUCUAAUAUGUUACAGUGUGAUAGUCGCCUUUUUCAGGUUGUAGUAGUUUGGCAAAACUCUAAAGAACAUCAUCAACAACUCUAGAGUUUCUCUUGUGCCAUUCCCCACUCCCUUCAAGCGCUUGCUUUACUUAAAUCUUUUUUUAUAUUGCUUUACUUGUUGCUUUUCUGCGCUGUCCAAUAGCAGAAAUUCUCUGGGCAGUAUGCAAUGCAAAUGAUUAAAGCCAUAAAAUUACACACACACACACACACACACACACACACACACACACACUAAACAGCAAGUGAUAAAACCUGUUCCCAUAAUGCUAUCAAAGGAAGCACAAUCUUCCUACCACAAAAGCAAAGGGGCAAACAGAGAAAUAUUAGCAGUGGCAUUUUAUGCUAUGACUCUAUUGAAAUGCCUCCGUCCCUUGGCCUUUUUUAGUACAUAACGCCCACCUUGCUCCUGCAAUCUUUACCAGAAUACACAGUUGCUCAGUUUCACUUUGGUCCAGGGUGGCACUCCAAGUCACAUGCACACCAUACAUGUUCCCCCUCCAAAGAAUUCUAUGAACUGCAGUUUGUUAAGGGUGCUGGGAAUUGUAGCUCUGUGAGUGGAAAACUACAGUCCCCAUGGUUCUUUGGGCGAAAGCUAUGUGCUUUGAAUGUAUGGCUUGCACUGUGAGAACAGAAGAGAAUAAAACAGAGCAUAUGCAAUGCUUCAAUAAACGUGAUCUUCCUCAUAAUGAAAAAUAUUGAAUGAGCUCCAGUGUAUAAAAUGUGUGAAGUGCACAGGAGUAAAAAAAAAUAUGUAGGUAACUAACUCUCUUGACCCACUUGAAGAAAACAACCCCAAAAGUUACCAUAUGGUAAUACCCUUAUGGGGAGGAGUAACUAGAGCAGAGCAAAGUAGUGAGCAAGCUUUGGGGUUCUUCAGAGCUCUGGAUGUUGAGCAAAACAAGGGGGAGGGAAGGAAAUGAAGACAAAAUGUUGGAGCCUCGAAGUCCACAAUUUGGGUCUUAAAAUGGAGUGCAGGAGGUGUUGGAAAAAUUAUACACUCCUCAUACAACAGAUUUCAGGUUGCACCUUAAAAGUUACUGUGACCAAAAAAACCACCCACAAUGACAGUCCCUCCCUCCGCAAGUAGGGAGAUCAGUUAUUAUUGCUUCUGUGUCCCAGCAGCCCUUGCUGCAACCUGAAAUCUGUUCUGCACCUACAGAGUCUAAUCUAAUUAAGUCUGCCUAAUGCCUCCUGCACUCCAAUUUAAGGCUCUUACAAACUACAGACUAGUAUUUCUCGCCAUCCACCCCCAACCUCCCGCUGCUGCCUUAUGUUUUGCUUAACACCCAGACUGAAGAAGAGCCCUGGAGACCUCGAAAGCUUGCUUAAUUGUUGCUUUGGAAUAUUUUAGUUGGUCCAGAAAUAAAGAUAUGUCUCUGACGGCACGUGAUGCAGAAGGAAGGUGGUUGUUUCUGAGUAGCCUUUUUAACGAGGCGCAUCUAACCUCGUUUGCUUUUAUUGACGUGCGCGCAGCCCGGGAAUUACAGUAUACAGUAUAGUGAGGUCAGGUGGUCAGCUUUUUGGCUCUUCCCUUGUAAUCUCAGAAGUUAAAAGGGCAUAAUAGAGAAACGUGGUAUGGGAAACAACGACACAACACCCAUCCCGGAAACAAGACCAGAAAAAGUGCUCCAGACAUCAUGAUAACUUUAAAAAGUUGAAGGGAGGGCAAGAGGCAUAGCUUUGGCCAAGCCAAGCCGGCAUCGCCCGCUGUCUCUCUUAAAAACCCCACAGUUUUAGGGCUGGGACUUUGCCCUCGACCCUAAAGGCGCCCUUCCUUACCCCUCCCCGGAUUGAUCGUCUGGGACCAGACACUGUCCGCCCGUCGGGACUCUCCCGAGCGCGGCCCCUUCCCACUGCCCGUUAGCUCGGCCGUCCGUCCUUCUAGGGGGGGCUUUAGGGGGGUGGCGGCCGGGCGGAGCCUGGCGUUGGGGCCGGGCAUGGACUGGCCGGGGGGCGAGGGGAGCUGGAGGCUGCGGCGGGCUGUCCUAGAGCUCGUCUGGACGAGGGGGAGAGAGCUGGCUGGCUGUGUGGACCCGAGAUGCUGUGUGGCGGUCAGUGGAGGAAAACGCUUUAAAACUGAGGGAGCGAUGAAUUAAAACGCGGGGGGGCGGGGGGGGGCGUUGUAGGGCAAAUGUGGGGAUACAGGGGAGAGAUCCUCCAGGCGCUUAAGGCAAGUCUCUGCGGAGGGCUAAAUGCCCUCGACAUGUUUUUAAACUAAGCUUAAAAUAAAUACGCUGCUGUGUUGAUGGUUUGUAUGUGUGGGGCAGAAGAGUUGGAGUGUAAUAUUUUUAGGGGGCUGAGAAUCUGUGUAAGGAGUGUGGGGUAUCAUGUAUGGGGGAAAUGUGCUACGAGGCUGGUGGUUCUGUGGGCUAUGUAGCCACUGUCCAGAAGUGGAAUAUGGGCAGUGGGUUGUUGGAGGGUCUUUGGAGAGACAGAUCUUGGGUGGAGUGGAGCAAGGGACUGGGAGAUCCGGUGGUACUGAGGUGUUGUGCUGGGUCAAAGUGUGGGGCAGUGGCUGAAAAGGCAAAAGUGACUCUUCCAGGGACGGAAGGAGCUGAUGCUGAGGGGCAAGGGCAGGGGAGCCUACGGCCCUCCAGAUGUUGUUGUGCAGGACUCCGACUCAUUGAUCCUGGACAGCGUAGUCAAUGAUCAGGAAUGAUGGGAGUCAUAGUCCCAGCAACAACUGGAAGGGUACAGGCUCCCCACUCCUGGACUGGUAGGAGACCAGCAUUUGUGGAAGAGGGGUUUUGAUUACCGAAGGGGGAUUGGUUUGUUUGAUUGAUUUUAAAAGCUUAUAUCCUGCCUUUUCCCAGAUAAUGGAUCCAGGGUUCUGGGGUUUCAAGGGGUUUGGCUGAGAUGGGCUCUGGGUCUGAGAGGGUGGCUCUCUGUAGCAGUCUCUGGCAUGCUGAGGGAGGGACUGUUUCAACAGUGUACAUUCCAGGCUCAGGAGUCGGCAGGGACCGGAGAGGUUUCGGUGGCUUUCUUUCCCUGUCUCACCUCCAGUGCAAACUUUCCCCGAAGCUUCUUUCCGAUAUAUGCAGUGCCCAGCUUGGCCUGGCAGCCUUCCUUUUCCCUUUCGGAAUAUAGAGUUUCCAUUUCACAGCCACAUGGGGAAAGCUGGCUCCAUCGCAAUCAGAUAUAUUGAAAACUGUGGCUAGAAGUAUUCGCACGCCUUCCCUCCCUCCUCCCAUCCCUGGCCACAUCUACCCUUGGACAUUCUAGCUUAUUUGGACAGGAGCAGAGACUUUGGUAUCUGGAGUGACAACUGCCUGUUAGCCCCUCCCUCCCUGGGCAAACUCUCGUCUCCUGUUUGGUAUUAGCUUUCAGCCCAGGAUGCAGAGCAGAUGGUUUAAGCCUAAGUACUCCUGCCUAGCUGGUUUGGAUGGUUAUUUCAGGGGUGUGCUGCAGGCUGUGCCUCUUGGGCAUUCCCUAGGUUAUAGCUAAAUUUGCCCGAAUUGCUUCACCUUAUGUACUCUCUGCACAGUGGUGUUUGUGCCCAUUGGAGGUGCUAGGGCAGAAAGCAGGGAGCCCAACAGCUGAUGGAGCCAGAGUCAAUGAGAUUCAGAGCCAACUAAUUCGAGUUUUUCCCCCUUCUUUCUCGCCCUCCUUACAAGGCAUAGGUGCAAACUCCCUGGGGCCCCAAAAUUCCCCAUGAAGGGGCCAGGCAUCCACAAAUUUUGGUGCCAGGGCUGUGCACGCUGCAUGGCACCCACAGCCCUGGGUACCCACGGUCGUGGGGCCAAGUUGGCACUCCUGUUACAAGGCCAACACUGAGACAUAAGGUGGAAGAAGCUGACAGGCAACGCCAGCUAGUAGCGGUUCUCAACCUGUGGGUCCCCAGAUGUUGUUGGACUACAACUCCCAUCAUCCCUGAGCUCUGGCCUUGCUAGCUAGGGGUGAUGGGAGUUGUAGUUCAACAACAUCUGGGGACCCACAGGAUGAGAAAGGCUGGAAGGCAAGGCUGGGUGGGCUGCCUGGCUGAUGUCAGAUUCAUAGCUGUCAACUUUCAGAUUUGAAAAUAAGGGAUCAGCAGCCUCACCUGUCCCGGGGACAGUCUACGGGAUAUCUAACAAUCCGGGAUAGCAGCGGGAAGCGGCGCUGGAAUAAGGGAAUUCCCCGCAAAAAAAGGGAAGGUUGACAGCUAUGGUCAGAUUGAGGUUGGUGGGGCAGUGUUCCAGCCACUAAAAUGGGCCAGCCAUCGCUGAAACUCCACUGAACAACUUGCCGCAGGUAACUAAGAAUUACUUGCAGGCAAAUGAGUGGGGUGGUGGAUGAGGGGUGGAUCCUUCGCCUCCCUCCACCACUUGAGUUCUGUGCUAACCACAGAGGAAGGAAAGCCCCUUCCUCCCUGAGAAGCAUGCAAACCAAGCAGGCUGGUGGAGAAGAGGCGGAUAUGGAAAAUAAUCUGUUCUUCCUUUGCCCGUUCACUCAGCCUACUCAGCCACUCAGCCUACUUGAAGAGUCUAAGGAACCUGUAUCUGCUGGUAACUUUUGUGGGCUUAUUUCCAAGGCUGUGCUAUAUCUUUGACCCCCAGAUUCCCCUUCUGUCAAAUUGAGCUAGAUUUUUUCCUCACUAAAUUCGUUAUAAUUUCUGCGCUCUAACAGAAAGGGUUCCCAUGUACCCUUACUCAGCAUUAAGUUUCGCUGAGUUUGGUGGGUGUUUACUUAUUCCAAGGUCAGUGUGCAAAGGACUGCAACCUUAUAGUUGGGGCUGAUGAGAGUUGGAGACAACAACAUCUGGAGGGUCGUUAUGUUCCCCACCUCUGUCCUAGCCCAUCAGCAUUAGCUCAGCCCAAUCCCUUAGCUUUGCAUGGAACUGCUAGACCCCCUAGUGCGACUGUUUCCGUAUGCAUCAUAUUCUACAUCUCCCAACAUAGGAAUGACACUUUACAAAUCAAAGGAAGAAACUCUUAUGUGAGUUCCUCAUGGGUAGAGAACAUAUUUAGCUUUGCUCUGACCCUUUUGGAAGAGUUUUCUCUUCUAAUGUAGAACUGAUGGCAAGUUUUUUUUAAAAAGCAAAAAACAAAAUUGAAAAGCCACUAUGUUUUCUUUGGUGGCGUUUCUUUUGCCUGCAAUGAUCAUUUGAAUUGGGGGCAGCAGUGGGAUAAAUGUGUCCCUCUCCUCUCUUCUGAACAUAACAUGACCUUAUCCGUUUCACAACCUUAGGGAAAAAGAGAUUGGUAAAAUGGUACUUUUUUUACUGGGUCACAUUUGUUAAUAAGCAUAUGCAAGGAUUUUGAUGGUCACGUGACAUUGUUCUUCAGAGCUUGUGGAUUGGACCACGUAGCAGCAGGCUGACAGCAGCUGCUCCAUGAGUAGUUAGUUGAGCGCUACAUAAUGAGCCGGUCUCUGCUUUGUGUUUGGAGCAUGAAAGGGUCUGUAACAUGAUGCUCCGACUUCUAAGGCUGGAGAAUGGGGUGGGAAGGAGGGAGGAAGGGAAGAGAGUAUUGGGGGCUUGUAAGCUGUGUGUGAUUUACUCAUUGUGCCCGCUGGAAAGAGAAAAAUCUCAUGGGCCUUCCUCCUGGCACGAAUCCAGGAGUUUUUGCGCUCUCCUGUGCCAGGCGCAGGAAAGAAGAGAGGCUGUACAAAUUGCUGCUUUCUAGUCCUGAUCCUAAAUUUGGUGGCUCCGUGUGCAUUUGCCUUAAGUUGCUCUAGGUUAUGUCUUGGAGCUGGUAAAGACUACAAGAAAUGAACUGCACAGAAACAGAGGAACGUGAUAUGCACUGCACAUGUGGAAACAUGCACACACGAACCUAGUUGUUAGCAUGAAAGAAAUGUGAAGCGACAGGCGUCCCUCCCCUCCUGUUCUCUGAUUAGCUGGUAAGACUGUUUGGCUGUGACGCUGGCCAGGAUUUUUUUGGGGAGUUGGAAUGAUAGUGAGAAGGGCAGGCAGCAGGAAUCAACUUGAAACCGCUAGUGGUUUUACUCUUUCAGGAUGUGUGAGCCAGCCUCAUCUGCCAUUUUCCUACAUGGACAAGCUUCUCUGGUGGUUUGUCCUUUGGUUCGGAAGUCUGGCUGUUGUUGACCGGGUUUGCGUUUGUUCGGUAUGUCUUUCUGCCUUUCUGCCUGCCAAGGCAUAUGGUGUGGGAUACAGAGCAGGGGAGGUGGUGCUGUGCAGCUCACUUUUCUCUGGCACAGUUUGAAACAUAAUGUUGCCUAGAGGGAAGAGUGUCCCUGCCCUGAUCUUCGAACGAUAAAUUUGAGGAGGAAAAAAAAACAAACUCCAUUCAGCCGCUGUUAAAUUAAUUGCUUGCGUUUGUAACUUGGACACCAAAGCUGGCUGUUUGGGUGGAGAACUCCACUGUGGAGCAGAGGAAUUUAGAGCGAAAAUCACUGUAAUGAGGGAGUCCUCCAGCAAUGAAUUGCAGAAUAGAAAAGUAGAGAAGUACGAACUUUCCCUGUGGCUCUUGAGUUGUGCAUGUAGAGAGGGUCUCGGCUGAUUUUAGCAAGGGGCGAUCUGUAUUUUCCUCUUACACCAUCUACUGUGUAUUUAUCCUUCAGUGUUCCUUAAUUUUGCAUUUGCACAAGGAAUCCAGAGCAAUAUGGAGAGUGGGGACUGAGAACUUCUGAGAACCUACCCUAUAGCCUGGUUGGUUGUUGUGACUGAAACUCAUCAUGUGCUACACAUGCCAGAAACUGCACUGAUUUUUCAUUUAAUCUACUGGCCUCACAAUUUUUCUGUUGUUUCAGGAGGAAGUUGAUGACAGGAGAGCAGAGCUCACUUUCAAGACCUGAGGCAGGUAAGGUACACGAAGAGAGAGUUCCCUCAGAUACCACAGCAAAAUUUGCAGAAUUACUGUCAUUUGGCUUCUGUGUUCCUAGGAUGUGCUGGAGGUUGAAAUGAUGUGCUGUUCUUUAUAUGAUUCACUUAAGGCCACUCUUCUUCUCCCCAUAAUGCAAGCUAGUUUAGUUUAAUGUGCAGUCUUUUGCUUACUCUGGUACAUCUAUGAAUAUAUCAAAGUGCAGCAGAUUUGGUUGGCAAGGAAUGGCCAAGGAAUCACAUUCUGAACAGCCUCCUUUUUUUGUCUUUCUCAUUUAUCUUCCCACCCCCUUCUUUGGACCCCUUGCAUUCUUUGAGGGACUGACACUUGGAAAGGGGAUGGUUUGUGCUUAUGAUAGCUUUUGGAGAAUUUGCAACUCCCCCUCCCCCCCAAACCCCCCACACCAAAUGACUUAGAUAUUUAAAACAACCAUCUCUCAGGAUAUUGCUCACCAAUACCCUCUUUAGGAAACUGACCCUGUGUGUAUUUGGAAACUUGGACCUUAUUUUGGCUUAGUCUUGCAUAUAGAAUGAAAAGAUUUACUAGCUUACUAAAUAAAAUUGGGUAGUCCAUGUUUUCAUUGUGCAUCCACACGGCACUCAAUGCGCCCCAUUCUUGUCACUGCACCUGGUUGCUAUGCUACUGCAAUCCUAAGGCCUUUCCCUUUAAUUUCUGUUCUCCUCUGGUGCCAACAGAGGAUAGCUUAGCCUGCCCACUUAACUUGGCAAAACUUUUCUGACACUGGUUGUCUUUGUGGCAAGAGAGAGAAAAGAACUGGGUUGCCUGCUUUGACUUCCAGAGGGGGAGUUAAUUAUGUAGCAAGUUACAAAAGGGCCCUCCCCACCCUUUCCCCUUUUUGUGAAGGCUACUAAGAGACUGACACAAAAGCACUCAUUAAACCAGAUGACCUUCCAAUCUUGGGCUUGCAGUUCCUGCUCAAGGCAGCUCGGAGCAGUGAUGAUAAAUGCAGUGAAAUUGACAUUAAUCUGUAUUCGGAGCAUUUGCAGAUACGGACAGCCUUGGGGCUGUCUUUGCCAUGUGUUAUUGCCCUGAGUAGUAAUAGUAUUAUAAUUUAUCUGUGCAUGAAAGGCUUGUCACAUGUCUUGAGCUCAACAAGGGCAGAUCUAAUGCCUCCUCAGAUGGGAGGUGGACAGAAAGAGGCAUCAGGGUCUUAGGAAAUGGCCAUGUUUAUAGUAGAUUUUUUGUGUGUUCUUUAGAUCUUUCACAUGACAGUCAGACCCAGGCCGCUUGGCCUCAUGGAAACUCAUUCUCUGUUGUGUCGUCCCACAAAACUGUGGUGCAUGUAUGGACCGAUGGACAUCCUCCCUCAUCAAAUAGCUGAGAAAUUUGUUAUUAGUCACUUUUGUGCUUUUCAUCACUUAAGUGCUUAAUUUCCAAAAUUGGAGAUGCUAGAACUCAUACAUCCUUGAAACACAAUAGUCUUUGCUCUGGAAACUCUUUACAUGGGUCCAUAGCUGGUUGCAGUUUCUCCAUCUGAAGGGGAAGGAGCUUGGAACCUGCAGAAAGGCACUCCCUUUAUUGUUACUACUUCACACAUUUGAGGAUUGAGCUCUGAUUUUGAAACAAGUUCUGGGGCUUUCCUUUUGCAUCCCUUUGGGUGUGAUUACCGAAAGUACUUACAAAGUUCUUUGCUUGCUUUGUUUAAUCUCUAUAUUCUGAAACGCAAAAUUAACACCUGCAGCUUGGUGAGACCUCGCCUCUCUUCACAAGAUUGCAGCUGCCCUCUGAUUUCGAAUGAAGCCUGCAAACAUUUCUCUGAUAAAAACAGGGACAUCCUAUUCAAUAAUAAUAAUAAUAAUAAUAAUAAUAAUAAUAAUAAUAAUUUAAACCCCGCAUAUCUGACUGGGUUGCCCAAGCCACUCUGGGUGGCUUCCAACAUAUACUGUAUAUACUCAAGUAUAAGCCGACCUUUUCAGCACAUUUUUAAUGCUGAAAAAGCCCCCCUCGGCUUAUGCUCGAGUGAGGGUCCUUUUGGGCUGCUCCUUCCUCUUCCUCCGCCUUUGCCGCUGUUGGCGGCAGAGGAGGAAGAAGGAGCAGCCCCAAAGCAGCCCUUUUGGGCUGCUUGUUCUUCCUCCACCGCUGCCGCUGUCACCAGCCUCUGCCUCUCAGCAGCACCCUAGGGAGACAGGGGGGCGGGAGAGGCUGGGGGGGAGAGAGAAGCGCCCUCUGCGCGCACACACACACACACACACACACACACUCCGGCCCACCAGGAGGUUUGUGGUGUGGUAAACCGGCUUAUACUCGAGUCAAUAAGUUUUCCCAGAUUUUUGUGGUAAAAUUAGGUGCAUUUAAAAACUUCCCCAUGCAGGGCUGCCUUCAGAUGUCUUCCAAAGGUUGUAUAGUUACUUAUGUCUUUGGCACGUGGGUUGCAUAACUCCAUACCCUCCAACAUUUCACCAAUGAAAACAGGGACAUCCUAAGGAAAAGUGGAGCAUUCUGGGAUCAAAUCAGAAAGUGGAACGGCUUCUGUAAAUCCAGGACUAUCUCUGGAAAAUAGGGACACUUGGAGGGUCUGGCAAACCUGUGGCCCUCCAUUUGAUGUUAUACUACAGUUUCCAUCAUCCCUACCCAUUGGCCAUAUUGGGUGGGGCUAAUGGGAAUUGGAGUCCAGCAGCAGCUGAAGGGCCACAUGCUCGCCACACUAAUGUAAAGCUGCUGGGUUCCAUCUGGCAAUCAUAUUAUUCAGGACUGGAAAAUGACUGAAAGAAUAUGCAGGAUAUAAUGUGCAUGGAAGCAAGUCUCAUAUUUACAUGGAAGUAAGUCUGAUUUCAGGAGGAUUCACUUGUGAGUAGGUGUGCAAGAGGUUACAGCCCCAUUAAAUACAGCAGGAUUUACUUUUGAAUAAACAUGCAUAAGAAGAACAUCAACAACAUCUUAUUUAUAUGUUGUGCACCUGACCGGGUUGCCCCAGCCACUCUGGGCAGCUUCCAACAACUUAAAGCAUCAGCAAAUUAAAACAUCAACGGCAUGAAUUUGGAUGCGCCCAGGAAAGUGCUGUAUGGCAUUUCAUUUACAAGUAUGGAUCUUUGUACUAGGAAGAAAGUCUCAAAUGAGUUCAUUGAGUCUCACUCCAAACUAGUCAGAUUGCCUAGUACUGCCGUCCAGUGGUGGAAGAACCUUCUCCGGCACCUGGGGUGGGGCAUCCCAUAUGGAGUGUGCAUGUGCAAUGACCGUACGGGCUGCCACACAUGCGCACGGGCUGCUGCUCGCGUGUGUGGCAUAUAUGGGCAGCCGAUCGUGCACGGAGGCGUACAGGCUACUGUGCGAGCAGCAUCCCGUACGGACCACGCAUGUAUGGCAUCCAGUACGGACUGCGCAUGCGUGGCAGCCCAUAUGGACUGUGUGCGCCCUCAGCCGCUCUACAGCUGGGGGGAGGCAGGGGCCACCCACUCUACCCCCCACUUCGUACGCUCCUGCUUUCGUCUUCAUUUCCGUUUUGCCAUUUCACCUUAUUUAUACCAAUCUCAGGGUUUCACAUAUGCUUCCUCGUCCUGGAACUGCAAGCUUGGGUUGCAGAUUUUGUUUUCUUAAUGAAUACUGAAUUUGUACAGUUUCACUUAUUUAUGAAUUUAUGAAUUAUGAAGUAGCCAGGUUUGUUGUUGUUGUUGUUUAGUCAUUUAGUCGUAUCCGACUCUUCGUGACCCCAUGGACCAGAACACGCCAGGCACUCCUGUCUUCCACUGCCUCCCGCAGUUUGGUCAAACUCAUGUUCAUAGCUUCAAGAACACUGUCCAACCAUCUCAUCCUCUGUCGUCCCCUUCUCCUUGUGCUCUCAAUCUUUCCCAGCAUCAGGGUCUUUUAGCUUCUGCUAAAAGACACCACCAGAAGAAUUGUGUUUGAUAUCUAGAUAAAUGGGUGUACAACUGAAAUGGCAAUAGGGAGAAAGUUUGUACCUUGUUACUGAUAAUUUUGCUUAUAAAAUGACUCUGAACCUGAGUACUAAAGACCUCCCAAUCAUAAAAUUUGAUGUGGAAUAAAAGAGCUUCUUGCACAAUUUUCAGUAGUGGAUCAUGCAAAUUUUUUCAGUCACAAUGCACUUUUAUAGAGGGGGUGAAUGAAGGGGAAAGGUCAUAGGUCAGUGGUAGCAAGCAUGCACUUUUCAUGCAAAAGGUUCCAAGGUUCAGUCCCUGACGUCAGUGUAGACAAUGCUGAACCAGAUGAACUAAUGGUCUGACUCAGUGUAAAGCAGCUCUCUGUGUUCCUUUGUUUCAUGCAAGGCAGGAACAGCCAUAAUUUCUUUUGAUAGUUGUUCUAAAUGGCUAAGAUUCCAAGCUGCGGGGAGGAAUUUUUGGUAGAAAUGAAAGGUGAUGUGAAAUGGGAUUUUCCCUUUCCUUUGAGUGCUGCAUUCCCGUUUACAUGGCAGCUCAAGUGCUCAUCAAUACUGCGUCCGAAAAUGGUGCAAAUUAGGGGCAGGGAACUUUUUCCAGCCCCAAAGCCACUUUCUCUUCUGGGCAGCCUCCUGGUGGCCUCGUGUCACUGGUGAGAAGGGCCAGGAGCAAAAAAUGGGCAGAGCAACAAAUGCCAGUUUAACUUUUGUUCAGUAGUCCUGAACACACAGGCACACAUUUUUCUGUUCUGCAUCCAGGCAAGCAAGUGAUGCAUUCUGGCCCUUGCCUGGGGUUCGCUACCCCUGGUGUAAAUAAAUGAGAGUGAGAAUCAUUUCAGUUUCCUUCACUUUCUGAUUGAUUCCUCCUGCCUUCCUUGGGCCAAGAGGCCUCAAAUAAAGGCAGAGUUGAUUAUGGUAGCAAUAUGUACUUACAUGAGUCCACAAACACAGCAUGAUCGGGCUGUUUGACUCAAAGGGAGUACUCACUAAUGUUCAUGCGAUUGUGUUACAAAUUUAUAAUCUAUAGUAAAAACACAGCAAGGCAGAAUACAAUAUUGUAUAUAAUAAUGAAAUCAUCAAAAAUAUCCAUAAUUAAAACACCCAUAAAACAUCAAUAAAUACUGGUUGGUUAAAAGGAGAGGGGAGGGGGAUUCAUGUUGUUAGAAGCCUGCCUAAACAAAAAAGUUUUCAAAAAGUGUCUGAAGAGAGAGAUGGUUCCUGCCCAACUUCUAUUGCCAGGGAGUUCCACAGGGCAGUGCAUGCCACACUAGGAUUCAAGUAAAAGGCUCGAAUCCUAGUGAAGGCCAACUGAACCUCAAGGAUAUGGGGAACCACCAGAAGUGCCCCGUUAGAUGAUCUCAGUGAUCGCGGUGGAGCAAAAGGAAUUUGAUAGUUCUUAAGGUGCUUUAGUGACUUGGAAGAGUUAUCGCUUGGUGUAAGUCAUUUAGGAUACCAAUUUGUAACCCUAUUUUGAAUGGAGAUCUUGCACUACUAUAGUUUUAUGGAUUUGCUGGAGGUGCCUUGCAAGCUGCUCUCCAGGUGCCAGAGGCCUCUUUGUGUGGGUGGGCCCUGCAUGUCAAUAGAGUUUCUGCAAACAGAAUAACUCGUGGAUCAGGUUAAUUGUGGUUUCCUCCCCAAUUUGAAUAGAUUGCGAUUGGGAGGUGGCCACACCCCUUGGUGGGACGCAGGCUGCACAGAUGGCUCCGUAGAAAGAUAACUGACCGAACAAACAGGAGAGCUUGAUUUCAAGGGAGGAAUUAACAGGAGCUGUUCCGUGGAAUGGCACAGCAGAGAAAGGUUGAUCCCUUGUUCCAGGAUGCAUCCUGCUUGGGGUGGGGCCCAUGUACCUGGUGUGAGCGGCCAUGUGCCUGAUCUACAUGCAAAAAAAAUCCACAAGGCGCAACUCAUUUCCCCCCUGGCCUUGGGGACUGCCCCCACUGCACUUCCUGUUAAAUCAGUUUCUGUUGCUUCCUAUGGAAUGCCUUUGCAUUAGGCGGUUUGAUGGUUAGUCACCGUGUUCUGUCACACUCGGCAACAUAUCAGCUGUGUCACUGGAGCCUACCUCUUAGGUUACUGUGUCUGGGGAAAGUAGUCUGCUGGAACUAAUUAUUCCCUUAUGUGUGGGAAGGGGAUGGGGGGCCCAGCGGGCGAGGGCCUCUUCCCUUUGAAUUCUAAAUCUUGCUCAACAUGUGCCACGAGCAACAUAGAUUUGCAAGCUCUCGUUUAUGGUGCAACAGGACAUUUCAUGUGUUUUUGUUGCUGUUACUCUGCCCCAGGGGAUUCUGGGAGUGGUGGGCGGCUGUGCUCGUGAGAAGUCCCAUUCUCUCCCACCCUCCACCCGCCCGGGCUAGUAGCAUGCUUGGCAACACUCCUUACUUGAGCCCUUGUUGUUGUUUUUUUGUCUCUGCUAGGAAGGGAAGAAUUUUGAGCUGGCGCCUUAUCUUUGCAGCUUGGUCAGUUCCCUGUGACCCUGGAGCAAAGGACAGCCUCCCACACUUGAGGUUAGCAAUUUUCUCUGCUACACUUGAAAAUUGCAAGGGUUGGAAGCCGCAGCCAGACUCCCCUCUGCCUCACCCUAAAUGGCACGGAUGCUGUGCAGUUCUCAAUGGCUCCCCUCCCCACGGCAGAGAGGAUCUCAUUCUGACUUGCUAGGUUGGGAGGUCUGUCUGGGUGUAGAGCAGCAUUCAGUCUCUCGUGUCUGCAACAAGGACAUCCAUCAACAUGGGCAGUGAGCACAGGGGGCAGACUGGAGCUGGGGCACAGAGUUCAAGCAUGCAAUCUGUCUCAGAUGGAUGACAGAGAUAAGGAGCACAAGAAUCAGGGGGCAGCAGGGACAGGUGCGGCAGCAAGCAAAAGCUUGGUUUCUGCAAAGGCAAAUUUGUAAAGAGAGCAUUUGCCCAAAUGAGCAGACUGGGCAGUGAAAGAACAAGGGCUGCAAUCCAGAGAAAGCUUGAUGAGCCUGCUGGAAGUAAUGGGGCUUUGAUGGGCAUCCGUAAGCGCUGGGUCUGCAGGAACUGGCCUAUCCUGUUGCCCCAGAAGUGUAAACCGUGGAGUGCUUUGCUGACCAGUAAAAGGCUAUUUUGAAAUCCACAGAUCAGCUACUUGUCCUCCCCUGAAAUAUCAUGACAAUCUUUCAGAAUGGUUGCCUGACAGCUGAGCUCCUGUGCGGUCUGUUCCUAGAUGGCGCCAGCCUAGCCCUGCCCACUCAGAAUGCUUUGUAGCACAGGCUGGGUACACAUUGCAUAUUCCAACCCAACUCAGAGAGUCCUGGGAAUGGUAGUUUGUUAAGGGUGCUGGGAAUUGUAGUUCUGUAGGGGGGUAAAGUACAGUUUCCAGGAUUCUUUUGUUUUUGAGUGGGUGGAGAAUGUUCUUUAAAUAUAUGGUGUGUACGCAGCCACAGUAUCAUCGAGGAGUCCCACCUGACAUCUUGGCCCUUGUGCAAUCAUGCUAUGCAAAUCUAUGCAUCUACACAUGCAGACGCAUUGAAGAAUUGUCGAGUGGAAAUUCUGUAAUAUGUUUCAGCUGAUGGAUGUCUGUUUUCUGCCCACAAAUUCUGAGGUUUUCCAUUGAGGAAUUUUAAACACUCAAACAAGCCCCUGGCCUUGGGAGGCACUUCUCUGUUCUGACAGAUGUUUGGGUGAUAACCAGUAAGUUAGUUUGUUUCUCAGGAUGUUGACCUUCAUCUGUGGAGGGAGGAUGGUGACGUCUCCCUUCCUCCCAAUGGAGAAUACAAAGAAAUAGUACAGCAACGGGGGAGGGAUAGGACUUCACAUUAGGAGAUUAACAGGAACAAAACCCAGAACUUUUGGGUUUCCAUAACAAACACCAUUAGCAUCUGACUACACCGGGUGAUAGUGUUAGUCCUACUCAGGGGAUACCCACUGAAGUUAAUAGACAGGACUAAUACAGGUUUAUUAAUUUCAGUGGGUCUACUCUGAGUAAGAGUUAACAGUCUACAAUCUUCUAUACUUGCAUAGUUCACUGUUGUUUAGGCAAAGCUAUCCAGACACAUAGAAGUUAUAUACGUUUUAUUUCUUUUUAGCUACUGUUGCUUUUUAACAAUUUCUUGAAUGUUUUGGAUUAUUUGUUUCUAGCUGUAUUUAUUGACAGUUUUCAUAUUUCUUGCAAACUGUUUUUAGAGUUUUUAUUACAAUCAAGCACUACAUAAAUUUGGUGAAAUCAAAAUAAAUGUGGAGGCCUGAGAUUUGGGUACCUGGGGGAGAGCGUCUUCUGAGAUAAACAGGUCAGCUGUGAAAUGAAACAAUAGCAUUUAAGAAAGAUGCAAGAUGUUGCUGUUGGCACUGUGCUUGUUUUGUGAAGGGAGGGCUCAUUAUCUCCUCCCUCCUUCCUCAGUGGUGAACAGUAUUUUUUAUUGCCUUACAUCCAUCCAGAAAUAGAAUGCCUCCCCCCCACUCCCCACCCCCAUCCACCGGUUAUCUGCUUGGUGUCCUUUGGGGUCUGUUAAGCAAAAGAAUCUCUAUGAUGUGCAUCUUACACCCUUCGUUUGUUUGUGGAAAAUGCUGCCACUUUCCCCUUUAAGUGAAGUUUGUUUUCCUCCAAGUCUGGCAGCUAUUUUAGUGCAAGCUGAAACAUGCACGUGGUCUGCACAAAACUCCAGAUGGAGCCAGACAUGGCCCCGCUCUCUCAUCUCCUGGGCAGGAACAGGCUUAACUGCUUUCCUGCUCUCUCAUCAGCUAAGGGUUCAUUGAUGAGGCGGUUUUGCUUAGUCUGUGGCCUGCACCUGUGGUCUUCCUUUAAGCCUCCUUUUUGCAUGUGGGGUGUGGGGGGCAGAUAAGGAACCGAAAGGCUCUGCCUGAGCACAGAUAACUGGACCUUUAAAAAGCUGAGGAGCUCCUUUGCCUAAACACAUUUGGCAAGAUGUGCUUCCCUAGUGCCAGGGGAAUCCAGUGCUGGGCACCACAGCUCCUGGUUGGCACUGGCAAGAGCACAACUUUCUUUUUGCUCCUUCUUCUUCUGUGAGUAAUCAGUGAUCAGCCUGCUGUGGAUGGUUGGUUGGUUGCUUAAGAGCUUGGAUAGGAACAAAUUUUAGCACUGUCCCAGUUUUAGCUAGUGCUGAUGAGAAUUUACCUUGCAUUUUGAGCAUGGAUGGCAUGCUAGCCUCAUGAGCACCCCAGUUGAAGCCACUGUUGCUGCCCAUUGUGACUCUAGUGGGCAAAUCCCACUGAGCCAGCUAUUGUUCCUUCAUUACCAGGUCAGGCAGGACAAUGUCCUGAUCCUCUGGAGGAAGUCUUGUUAAUGCAAGGGCAACAAACCCAGGCAGCCCCCCCCUUCAUUUUAGUUUCCUAGUCAUAGGUGCUGCUGCAAAAUGAAAGCACUUGCCAUUGAAGUUCCCUACCCUUUUGUUUCAAGUAGUUUGUUCUGCAGCAAAGUUUGCUAUUUUUAAAGGCUGCAGGUUUGAUAGGAACAUGGGUCCGUUGCUCAAAUGUAAAAGAGUUACGCACUUCAAUGCAAGAAGGGAAGUGUUCUCGUAACUCACCCCCCCCCCCAUUAUAACUGCAGUAGGGCUGGUGCCAAGCAUUGUCUACCCCAGGUGAGAACUCUGUUUGAGCCCUUCCAGCUCUAUGUCACCCGACUAGUGGGAUGGUAAAUGUAGGGAAGAGAAAAGGUUGCAUAUGGAACCUUUCUAACAAAAGAACAGCCAGACCCAAAUCUGAGGUGCACGUCUGUCAAAGGUUCCCAAAAGCUCACAGCGUUUGCAAUCAGGUGAGAUAUAUGUGCUGUACUUUAUGCUGUGUCUGUGCAAAGUGUGGCUGGUUUUGAGUCCAGAGGCAACUUGCAUGCAUUUGAAUGAGAAACAGAAUUUGCCUCUGGGCUGAAAACCAGCCACACUUCACACCGACAUGGCUUGCUUAUUUAUUUUUUAAAAAACAUUCUAUUCAUUAAAAACCCAAGUGGUUUACAACAGUCAAACAAAAAACCAUGCAGUAAAAACCAUAUAUGUAUAUAUUUAAAAACCCAGAGAAGGAUAUUUUCUCACUAAGAAUAUUAUCUAAGAAUAGAGAAUAAGCAUGGAGGCAUAGAAAGGUUUUCAACAGGCAUUUGAAGGUUGGAAAAUAAGGUACCUGCUUGGACCUCCGUUCCACAGGACUGAACCGAUGAAACUAAAGGCUGUUUCUUGUUGCUGAGAAAUGGGUUUUGCCAACUUGGGGGAUGACCAAUGACAUUCCUGUAUAGAUGAUCUCAUUGAUCAAGCUGGGAUAUAAGGGUUCAGGUGGUUCCCUAAGGCACCCUGGACCGGGCUUUAUAAAUUAAUACAAGGACCUUGAACCUGGGUAGUAGAUGAGCAGCUAGUACAGUUGUUCUAAAAAUGAUGUCACAUGUCAGGUGUCCUCAUAGGAGUCUGGCCACUACAUUCUGCAUUCUGCACCAGCUGGAGCUACCAAACCAGCCAAAGGGCAGCCCCACAUUGAGCACAUUUCAGUAAUGCAGCCUUGAGGUGACCAAUGCCUGGACUACAGUGGUUAGGUAUGGUGGACAUCCACUGGGAGCAAGAUCUGCUCGUGACAGUUGAAUGCUUUCUCCAUAGAGGUUUGUCAAGCCCCCGACAGUGCAUUCAUUUUGGCAUCUCCCAAGAGCUGGCUUUUCCAGAAGGCUUUUGUCUGUUUUGUGUACUCUUACUGUUUUUACCCUGUUGCUGUGGGAAACUGAUUAGGUGGCAUUGUUAUUUCUCACUACUGCUGAGUACAGUGGUACCUCUGGAUGCGAACGGGAUCCGGUCCCGGAGCCCCGUUCGCAUCCUGAAGUGAGCCCAACCCGCAUCCGCGGGUUGCGAUUCGUUGCUUCUGCGCAUGUGCGUGACGUCAUUUUGAGCGUCUGUGCAUGCGCAAGCGGCGAAACCUGGAAGUAACAUGCUCCGUUACUUCUGGGUCGCCGCGGAGCACAACUCGAAAAUGCUCAACCCGAAGCUACUUCAACCCGAGGUAUGACUGUAGUGUACUUUUUUUUCAAUGUUAUCUGAAUUACUACAGUGGUACCUUGGUUUGCAUAUGUCUUGGUUUGCAUAUGUUUUGAAUUACAAACACGUCAAACCCAGAAGUGCAUGUCCCAGUUUGCAACUUUUUUUUGGAUUACAGUGGUACCUCGGGUUACAAACUUAAUUCGUUCCGGAGGUCUGUUCUUAACCUGAAGGCGUGCUUUCGCUAAUGGGGCCUCUCACUGCUGCCACACCGCCGGCACUUGAUUUCUGUUCUCAUCCUGGGGCAAAGUUCUCAACCUGAGGUACUACUUCCGGGUUAGUGGAGUUUGUAACCCAAAGUGUUUGUAACCCAAGGUACCACUGUACAAACAAUUUUUUUUGGGAGGCCCCAUUGGUGAAAGCACGCCUUGGGUUACAACCUGUUUUGGUUUACAAACGGACCUCCAGGAACGGAUUAUGGUUGUAAACCGAGGUACCACUGUAUGGUCUGUGUAAGACCUUCUAGUGAAUGGAAUGGAAAAGGAUUUGGAUGAAAUGACCUUUAAGUUCCUUUCCUCCAGCAUUUUGAUUCUUUAAGAUCAGCAAGGUGACUGUAGGCGUGUGUCACAGUGAGGGGCGGUGAUCUUUGGAAUUGUCAUUUGAAGGAGAUGGUGUACUUCAGGGAAGUUUAGUGGAGAACAAAUAGAUCUGUUUCUGAGCAUGAACAGGGCCCACGUGCUGCAAGAACAAACAUGGUUUUCAUGUCUCUUAACUUUUGAAAUCCUCAAACAGAACUAGAAACUUUAUGCAGAGAAUUGCAUAGUUCUAUCCAAGUGGCAAGUUAGUGGUUAGUGUACCAGGCAAGGAGCUAGGAGUCAAUAGAUUUUGCUCCCUUGUGACUAUCUUUACUAGCCUGGUUUUCCAUGGAGAGGAUAGUCCUCUCCACGAGUGUUUCUGGGCAUAUGUUGAAGCAGUCAUGCCAUUUGUUUAUAUCCCACCUUUUCCUCCAAGGAGCUCAAUGUGCUUUGAAGUUUUAAUGGGCCCCCUGACACAGACCUCUUUUUCACAACUGCUUUUUUGUGCAUCCCUGAAACCCAGGUUUUCUUUUUUUUCAAAAUAGUAUUUAUUAAGAUUUUAAGUUUACAAAAAGACAAAAGAAAACAGAAAGCAAAAAAACACACCAGAUUAGACAAUAGUAAAACAACACAUCACAAUAAAAAACAAGGAAAUAAGAACACAUAAAAACAACAUACAAAAAAAAAAGAAGAAGACAAAUCGAGCCUUCCCAUAACUUAUCUUUCAUAUGCUUGUUUCCCUGACCUCCUCACACCUCCCUUUUUUGUAUUCUAAGUCAAUUAUCCAUUUCAGCAAAUCCUUUCCCUCUCUUCAAAAUUCUUAUCCUGAAAAUUUAUCUUGAUCUUACUAUAAGUUUACUUUCCCUCUUUUCACCAAUUAACAGUCUAUUUUUCUUAAAUCUUUGAUACAUUUUUGCUAAAAUCACAUAGAUUCAUUCCAACAUCAUUCUAACAUUCAUCCUGAAACCCAGGCAGUUUUUGGGUCCUGUGAAUUGGCUGGCUGUUUUGAUUUUAGACCAAGUCUGACAGGAUUUGCUAAACAGCCUCUCCCACUUGUGGGUUGGAGAGACAGAUUAUGUCUGGUUAUUUUUUUGCUCACUGUUUCCACCUGAUCUCGAGUCAAGCAGGAAGGUAGACCACACUUUUAAACAUACCUUGGGAUGAGUUCCUUCUCCUGUCCAUUCCUUUCAUCUCCAGUCAAAUCCCUUUGUAUAUUGUAUAGUCGCCAGCAAAAUAAACAGUCUUCUUCGCUGUCAGAAUGCUCUGACUUUUCUCAAGGUAGGGGGUCUUGGAGAUGGUAAACCAAUGUCUGGGCUGUACCACUUCAGGUGGCCAAAGAUUGGGGGUGGGCAAGGUAGGCAAAUUGAUUAAUUUGUUUGCUUGCAAAAUUCAAUCCUGCCUUCCCACCAAAUGGUGUUUAAGGUGUUUAAUGACAAGAAUACAAUAAUAAUAAUAAAACAGAACAGCAAUAAAAUGCAAAGACUACCCUUUCACAAGUUCCUGGAACAGACCAGAGGGCCUCUCCUGAAGGUCUUAAAACCCCAGCUGUUUAGUAUGGGAGACUGAAAGGUCCUGCAUUAAAAAAUAAACAAAUCCCUUCAUAUAAAAUCCAUAAUGUCAGGGGGGAAGCUAGAUUAGAACCUUUUCUGUGACAUCCUAUUUUCUACCUAAAGGCGUAUGUGUGUAGAAGAAAAAUUAAAGUAAGCCUUUCCCCACCCAGCCUACAAUGGUCCAGUCCAGACACAGGUUCAUCACUGAAGUGAAUCAUAAUAAUAGUAAUAAUAAUAAUUUUAUUAUUUAUACCACACCCAUCUGGCUGGGUUUCUACUAGAGCUCAAUGGGUAGGCCUUAUUUCCUAGAGACAUUCCUUUCUUCCCACUAGCUGGUAUGAAAAUCAUGGGACUGCUUUCUUUGGUCUACAUUAUUCUGCAGACUAAUAGCUUUUCAGGAGGUGAAGUUGUUAUUCGCAGUAGCCCCAGAUGUGUUUUGUCAGGCAUGAAAGGCUGGAAUGAAUGAAUGAGAGAACGAACAAAUGAAUGAAAAAACAAACAGCCCCUAUACUUGCAUGUAUUUAAAGUAUCCAAAAUGGAGGAAUUAAUGAUAAUGAUUGGCUAUUUAGAAUACUGAACAAUGUUAAAACGGUGUAUUAAAAACGUGUUUAUUGGAGAAAUGUGCACUAAUGUGCUGAUGAAUUUUCAUGAUUUUUUAAAAAAUAAUAAUAAUCUCAAAUCGAUGUAAAAUAAGAACUGUAUUUAAGAUUAGAAAAACAAGAAACUGAGAGCACCAAAAGUGACAGAUCUUUCCAUCCUUCCCCACGGAAUGGGCAUAGGCUGAUCCAUCCAAGCAGCCCUCAUACAGCAAGUGAUGGCUUGCUAACAAUCUUGGAAUAUUGUAAUGAUAGCAACAAAGCAGAUAUCAUGCAGUUUUCCUUUAGUUUUCUGGCUGGGGGGCACAAGAAGCAAUGGGUUCAAAUGGCAAGACUUUUGGUUUGGGUCAGAUGUUACAGAAACAUUCCAGCCCUAGGAAUGGUUGUUUGGCAAGGCUCACUGGGGCUCAGCCUGAGGAACUGCAGACUUGUAAUUAAGCUGGUGCCUCUGAAGAUGUGGAAAGUGCAGAUGGACUUCCGGGUUGGCGCCACCGGCAAUGGCGGAAUUCCUCUGAUCGGGAGGAAUUUGCCUCGUGGAAAUUCGGGUCUGGCCGCCACGGCGAAGGCGGAGACCCACUAAAAAUCACAGGCGGGUGAAGCCUGUGAACGUGGGAUUCGGCGGGCACCUUUUGCGCCUCCCCUACUCGUGGGGAAACCCGGUUUCGGGGAUCCGGAGCGAUGUGGGGUGAGCGGCGCGGUGCUUUGGAUCGACUGCUUCUUCCACGGAGCGAAGCCGCAUAGCUGUUGCCGGAGAGCGCUGACUUUUUCCUGUGGACAAUUUGAUCUUAAAGCAACUACCCAUGAGUAGAGUGAAGAACUGGAUUUUUAAAACGUCUUAAUUUGGUACCGAAACGGGGAGGUUCAAAACAGGAAGUCCACCUCCCCUUUUUGUAAAUAAGACUGAGGCAAAGAGGCUGCAAGCUAAAGUCUUGGAAAGCCUAUUGUAAAGGACUAAAUUCUCAUCAGUAAAAAAUAUUAAACCCCCCUUGGAAGCAGGAGAAGAGGGGGGAGGCUUUGGAUUGUAUAUCCCUGCAGGAGUGAGUGAGGAAGUUAAAAUACCACCGUUCCGAACCUGGAAACGGGCUGCCAGUAAAACCGACGUGUCUUGGAAGGUUCAUUGACAGCGAAUAGAACGUUCGGUGACAGCUAGCAUAAGAGAGAUACAUUGUUUCCAUUGUCUUCGUCUGCACUUAAAAAGGAGUAAAAGUAACGGAAAAUUGAAACAAUCUUACUGAACUUUAUUUAAAAAAAAAAAGGAGGAAAGUAACUGAAAAUUGAAACUAACUUUGGAUUAUUGAAACUGUGUUUAAAAGAGGACAUACUGACCGAUACAAAUACAACUCGCUUUCCCCUAGUGGAAGCUUUUGAAAUUGGUUACUUGAUAGGAGCUGGGCUAGGGGAAUUUCCAGCUGCAAGAUAAGAAAAGUGUGAGACUUCGGAAUUGACCUUGAAUCUUCUAAGUGUUAUGGCAAACGGAAAGGAAAAAACAGACGAGAUGUCGACAGAGGAGGCCUUAGUGGCUGCAUUAUUGAAAAUAAACGAUUCGCUGGAACAACUCCACAAGAAAACAGAUGCGAGAAAUGUGAAAUUGGAUGUUGCAAAUAUUGAAAUUGAUUCAAUUGUAGAAAGUUUAAAUAACUUGGGACAAAAGGUGAAUACUAAUUCAGAAACCACUCAGAAACUGACACAGGAAUCUACUUCGAUAUGGCAAACUGCAGAUGAAGCUAGGGGAAAAACCCUUGCUGCUGAAUCUAAAAUAAUACAACUGGAGAGGAGAGUCCCAUCCAUACAAAGACAACCUGACGAACAUAAGUUGACAUUCGUUAUGAUUGAACUUAAAGAAGAACGGAUGAAUUUGAGGACCAGAGCCCUAUCUGAAUUGGAAAAGGAAAGCUUGACAGAGUUUCAGGAGGUGAUACUAACAUUGGUUGAGAAAGAGAGGUAUUUGGGGGUUAGUAUGACUGCCAAAAAUGUGAAUUUGCUUAAGGAUAACUGUGAAGGAUGUUGGAUUGAGGAGAAGGGGGAUUUGGAAAUAUGGACAAAUCAGAAGUUGUCACUGUUGGGCCGAGUUACUGUGGUGGGGAUGAGGGCUGCUGUGUUGUUGGGGAUGUUGCUUUUGUUUCAAACACAGGACAAGUGUGGAUGAGCCCUAAAUCCCACUGUUUUCAGUAGGGCCAACUCCCAGAAAAAUGUGCAUAAGAUUGCAGCUACAGUGUUCUUUUAUUCUGGGCUAAACUCCCUCAUUUUGGUUCUUGUGGCCAUUAACAUGCACCCCCCCCCCAGCUCGCUUUGCUCUAGCCCAGGUAUGUCCCUCUACCUGUUGGUGGCCUCUCAUCAGCCUCAACCCAUUAGGGAAUUAGGGGGCUGUAGUCCAACAAUAUCUGGAGGGGGCAUCAGGUCCCCAACUCUUGCUCUGGUCCAUUUUUGGGGCGCGUUCUCAAGAUCUCAAGAAGGAUUACUUAUGUCUUGACGCUUUUAACCACAUGUUUAUCCCCACAGUACAGUUGACGCAUGUUUAGUGUGUGGCCAAAGAUUCCUCCACUGCCCAGCUCACAAACUUGAUUUGCAUCGUGCUUUUUCUAUUAUUAUUUCUGAUCAAUUAACCAGAAAUGUUGUCUUUGUCACUGAUAUGGAUUGGCAUCUCCUCGACAGCAUUCUUUGAAUGCUCUGUGAUUGAGGGAGGGUGUUCUGUUGUGUCCUCUGAGUUGCAAUUAUUAAUGGUUGGUUGUCCUUUAUAGAUCUAGCCGCCUCCUCUGUAUGCAUUUCAAGGGACUAGGGGGCAGACACAGCACCCUCGUAAAGGUCUGCAGCACUACUAGGUGCAGACCGUGCAUUUUCUCAUCAUGCACAGCCUCCUCAGCUCCAACACCCUCCAGCUGUACCUGGAGAAGAGAGACGACUUUACAACUGUGUCAUUUCCAGAGACUUGCAGGAACAUUUUCAAGAGCUCCUGGCUGGGAGCCACAAGCCUUGGACACUGUUUCCCAGAGGGUUAUUGUGACUGGUCAGAGGAGUCCCAACAAUGCCUAGCCAGUUAAAUAAGUAACCUGUAUCGAAACAUCUAUUUGUAGCCAUGUUAGUUUGUGGCAUAAAAAAAAAUGGAGAGAGCUGUUAAGCUUUAAAAGACAAACACAUUUAUGAUGCGCUUUUGUGGACUAAAUGACACUUCGUCAGAUUCAUUAACUGUUUUCCUCAUUUAACAGGUACACGCAUACACAUGCAUGUGUGCGCACACACACACAUGCACGCAGAGUCUGGGUAUGGCUAGAAAUUAUUGGGUCUGAGGAGUCCCUGAGAAUGUAUCUCUGCAGUGCCAUGCAGGAGUGUACACUGCAUUGACUUUGUGGAUCACACGGUUAAAGCUGCAGCCCUCUGCACAUUUACCAGGGGGCAAAUGUCACUGAUUUCAUGGGGGCUUACUUCUGAGUAAGGAUGCAUUGGAUCAGGCAGCAUGUCUCAGUUUGCACAUUUGGUGGGAAUGGGGCAACAGGAAUAAUUACAUCUUCAGCUAACUCUGGGUUUGGAUGUUACAGAAGAGGAAUUAGUAAUGCUGAAAUAAUUUUAGGAGAUGCAUGGAAAGCAAAUAUGACAGUAUUACUCAAUAGUCACGGGUACGCCGUUAUGGUUUACCAAGGGAAAAGAGUACACCAGCUAAAAUUAAUCUCUGGCUUUCCUAUUGUAAGACUUGUCAUGUGUCUUUUUACUGCUGUUUUCUGUCAUAAGGAACCUGCUGGAAACAGAUCUGGGUAUCUGCUGGAUUUUACAUUUCCAAAAAGGGGGAAUCGGCCAUUUGGUCAUCCCAAAAUCCCGAAGUAUAACCCGAAACCAGCACAGCACCUAGCUGUUCUCCUGCUCUAUUUUAAGACCAAUUCAGAUUUAUGGCUUUACCAUUAGACCAUAUUUUUCUCCUUUACCCGCACCAUCUCCUUUGUCUGACAUCCUGCCUGGGGAAUUCUGGAGCACUCAAAAGCUUGCUUGCUAUUUUGUUCCAUUUGGCCUGGCCCUAGGUUUAGUAGUACUGCAUCUUCUUCUAAGGUUCUUCUGUAGCCAUAGGUGGUUUCAUACUGUCUGAUGAUCAUUAAGCUAGUCUUAGUCUAAAAAUCCAUGUAGGAAGUAUCUCAAGCCACACCCCCUGGAGGAUGCUGGCUGAGUCUGAAAGGAACAGUUUGUACACUUUGAACUGGGCCAGAGAAAGAGAAAGGUGAUAUUUUGAAGCUGGUUGGUAAAGGUUGCUGUGAAGUUUCUGGCUGGUAGAAACAUUUUUUUAGAAUCUUGGAGUGCUGGGUUGUUGCUCUUCUGGAGUUAGCACUGCCUAUGUGUGCUUGCUUUCCAUCUGCUCAACCUGUAUAUUUCUAAACAUCUUGUCCAAAAGGCCCCUUGAUUAGAGAGAGAGAGAGACUUGCCAAUGUCUCUACAGGAAGUCUGUGACAGAGUUUUCAAUGGGUGCCUUAAUUCCCUGCAUCUCAAGCCAGUGCAAUGGGUUAGGUUUAUACACGAGAGCAAAGUGACUCACCCUUUGGGGAGGAAUUUCCCCGCUGGGAGAAACAGAAGAAUUACACUGGAUGUCAGUAGGCCUAAGAAGCAGCCUUUGGUGUUGGUUGUUUAGGGCUUGCUAAGUUGAGAGAUGUUGCGGUCUAGGACUCUAAACCUUUCUGUCUGCCUGGCAAAAGUUGCAACAACUUGGAUCCGGAUUUGUGCAAACAAAUAAAAAAUGUUCCACCUCCUCCCGCCCCAUCUGGUGAUGUGAUGCCUGCCAAGAGGACUUGCUUCCUCGUCUCUGUUUUCUUUAAGAAAAUCCCCAGCUGACAACACGAAGCAAAGGAAUGCACUUUCUUGGAGGCAGAGAGUCUUAUAGUGGACCCUUUCUCUGCUCCAGAUCUGCUGGGGGUGGGGGUGGUUGGUGCUGCUCUCUACCUGUGUCACUCAUCAUUCCCAGUUAACCUUGGUGGGUUUUAGAUGGAUGAAGUAGAGAGAUGGGUGCCUUUCUGUUGCAGGCAGAGGCCUCUAUAGAACAAGCCAAACUGGUGCAUGUGAAGGGGAGGCCCACUGAGCAUUGCCUUAAGAUGUGGUCUGUGGUUGGUGCUCAGGGUGCUUUGCCAGUUUUCCUAGCAGGUGAUACCUGGCCUCAGAAAGCCCAGUGAUGGUGGGGACUCAAGUUCCAUGGAGGACCUGCUGAUGUUGAAGCAGAGGACUAUGACUGCAUGCACACUUCUCCAUGUGACACACUACAGUGGUAGGACUCUGUGCUUUCUGGUGGGCUGAAGGUAGAUUGGAAUCCAUUGGCUGGUUUGCAGUAGACUGGCAAGGGUUUCUGGCUCCUAUUUCCUAUGGGGGCAAGGCCCAUAUCUCAGUGGCAGUUGACCUGCUUUGGAUGCAGAAGGUCCCAAGUUCAAUCCCCGGCAUCUCCAGGUAGGACUUGUGUGAAAUGCUGCCCAUCAGUGUAGACAAUACUGAAUUAAACUUACCCAUGGCUUGACUCAGUAUAAGGCAGCUUCCAGUGUUCCUGUGCACUUCUCUGCAGCUAGGCUGACUUGGCUUUUUGCAGUGAUAUUUGGGGGCAAAGGCUGCAGCUCUGUGGGAGGGCAUCUGCCUGGCAGGUAGAAGGUAUUGGGUUCAAUCCCUGGUGCCUCCAGAUAAGGCUAAGAGCAUCCCUCUUGAAACCCCAGAAACCUGCUGCCAAUAUUGAGCUAGAGAGAUCAAUGGUCUCACUCAGUAUAAAUCAGCUUCCUAUGUUCUUCCUAAUAGACAACAAAAGCCUUCUUUUUCCUCACCCAAAUUAAGCUUUCAAGGGCCCCUGUUCUGCAGUAACUGGUCUGCCAGCCCAGCACUCUAACCACUACUCCACACUGCCCUGCAGGCCUUCUUCCUGGCCUGUUAAGUUCCCUUCUGCUCUGGAAAAUGCAACGUGAGUCCUAUCCAUGGCAUAAAACAGUCUUGCCUGUUAUUGGAGGGGAUGUCUUCCAUUGUGGUGUCUGAGGUGUGUGUUGGGUGUCUCCUGCACUGUCCUGGGGUAGCACUGCCACUUGACAGGGCAGGGUGGGGCAAGGGCAGUGGAAGCACCGCGUUGACAGUGGUGGCACACCUGCCACCACCCUGCCUUGCCCCCUUCUGGUCCUGCGGAGCAAGUGGCAGUGCCACGACAGAGAGAGACUAGCCCACCUCAUGCCACAAAUGGCAGCUUGAAGGACUGUCACAUAACCCCUUUCCUUUCCUUGUCCUUCUCUGUAUUGUGUAGUGCAAGGAAUUUGGAAAGAAGGAAGGGUGAAGAAUAAGAACAGCCUGGGUCUCAGGGAGAGGCAGCCUGGGAAUCCACCUUGUGCAUGGUAGAUUCUUGGCCCCAAAGCCUCCUCUCGCCUCCCAUGGGCUCUGAGCAAGUCUCUGCAGAGGCUCCUUAAUUCCAAGCCUCCCCCGUGUUUUCCAACUGGGAAAACAGCCUUGGCUUUGUUCGUUUGCUUUGCCCAGAUUUGUUUAAUGAAGGGGCUGUAGCUUCAGCUCCAAAGUUUGCAGAGCUUCUCUUAACAAAGGAUGUCAUCUUUUUAAGCCUGAGUGAAAUUGCCUGCCCCACCCCCGGUGGUUGGCCACUUCCCUUUGCGACUGUGCAAGGACUGUAACUGCUUACAUAAAUGGCUCUUCCUAAAUAUGCCUGGAUAGCUCAGUUGGUUAGAACAUGGUGCUGUUAAGGCCAACGUUGCAUGUUCAAUCCCCAUAUGGGACCGCAGGGGGUUGGACUGGAUGAUGCUCAGGGUCCAUUUCUGUAAUUCUAAAGCAGCCUUUUUAAGCCUUGGUUCCCCAGAUAUUUUUGAACUACAUCUCCCAUAAUCCCUGACCACUGGCCCUGCUAGUUAGGAAUGAUGAGAGUUGUAGUCCAACAAGACCUGGGGGCCAAAGUUUGAAAAACACUGGUUUGUAUUCUGUGUGAGCUAUCUAAAGGCUUUGAUGAUGAAGCAGUAUAUAAAUACUGAUAGAUAAGUACAUAAGUAAGUAAGUAAUAAUACUUACUUAAUAAUAAAUAGAAUACUUUUGUUUAGAAAGGAAAAGGGAAUAUCAAGAUUUCGAAACUUGCCUGAUCUUAACCACUGAUUUCAAAACUGCACUUUCGUUUCUUUGAACACCUGAGCAACUCUUGGUAUGAAACAGCUGGUUAUAAAUAUAGUCCACUUUUCAGUAAUUUAGUUAUCAAAAUGCCAGCUUUCUCUUGGGACACACUUCCACUUGUCCCAUGCCUAGAUAUCAUGGGUCUGAGCAGUUUUCCAUUUCCCCUGCCACUUUCCCCAGGAAAACCUGCUCUUUAGCGCUGAAUUGGCACAAACAUCAAUCUGCAGAAAAUCCAAUUGACGUUUGGUCCAAUUCAGCGGUAAAGAUUGGGUUUUUCUCCUGGGUUGGGGGAGCAAUGAGGCAAGCGGAAGUCUGGAUGAGCCCUUGGCAAUGCUUGUCAAGCUUAAUCCUAUUCCAAGCUGGAAGAUAUAAAUCUUUGUUCAAACUUUUGUUCAUCUUUGUUCAAACUAUUGACAGAAAGGUGUGGAAUUUGAAAGCUAGUUCUGAAAGUGCCUGAAUGUUGACUCACCUUGAGGUCUUCACCCAAUGUGAUCGCUCUGACAUUUUUCUUGUGACACUGUUCUGUUUGGGUGGCACAGCAGAAAUAUUUGAGAGGUAUGUUGUUCCUCUCCUUCCUGCUAUGAUUCUGCCCCCCUCCCCCCCGGUGAGCUGCUAAAGUUGGUCAUCAUUUCACCAGCCAAACCUGCGCAGCUGGAUAGGUUGCCUGUGCCAGAUUUUGAAGGGGUUAAACAUUUACUAGGCUUUAAUGUGCUCUGUAAGCACAUGACUGGUGGCACAUGAUGGAUUCCAUCCUGUCAUGUGAGGCUUUGGGCUGGAGAGUGUGAUGUGCUAUGGGUGGAGUGUUCUUCCCAUCUGGUGUUUGCCCAGCCUGGUGAAUUCUCUUCGGGUGAAGGAGGCGAGGACUUGGGAGGGAGAGAGGACAUCCUGGAUUACAUGACAAAGACUUGCUGGCUGGGAUUGAUGAGAGCUGCAGUCCAAAGCUUCUGAAAGGCACUAGGUUGGUGAAGACAGGAAGAAAACUCAUACAGGGCAGACCUCUGAAAGCAGGACUACAGAUUGUUAACAUCUGUCAGAAACAGGCAAAAAUGUGUAGGUGUCUGCAAACUUCAGCUUAACUAACAUAGUGCCCUCUAGUGUCAGAUCAAGGGCAGUCUAUUGCUCGCUUUCCCUUGAGUUGUGUAACUCUUAUGACUGCAUCCUGAGCAUACUAGCUAGGCAGCAAGUCCCACUGAACCAAGCGGGACUUACUUCUGAGGACACUUACACAGGAUUGGGCCGUCUGGGAGCAAAAGCUCUACUUCAUAAUGUAGUAGGAGCACUUGAAACAUUUCAGAGAGACAUCAUCAGAAAACUAGCCAUAUUUCUGAAUGCACUCGGGCCAUAUCUUAGUGCCAUAGUUCCCAACAGACAAAUAAGAAGCCACCUGUGUGUGUCCUAAGGUGGUUGUUUUCUGGCCUGUUGUAGAACAGUCUCCUUGAAAUCACUUUAAACUUUGUACACAUGAAGAGCUGAUGUAGUGUAAAUGUUAAUGGCAUGUGCUGAAAACUACCUACCUUGCUAGGCUGUUAUAAGAAGAUGACAAUAAUAAUAAUAAUAAUAAUAAUAAUAAUAAUAAUAAUAAUAAUACCCUGCCCAUCUGGCUGGGUUUUCCCAGCCACUCUGGGCAGCUUACAUCAAAUAUAAAAAAUAGUAAAAAUCAGACAUAAAAAAAUUCCUGAUACAGGGAAAUAAUGAUUCAGAAACAUUUCUUGAAGUUCACAAGUUUGAUUUUUUUUCUGCCCAACUUUUUUGGCUGGUAUAUAAAGAAAGAACAGAUUUAAAGAGUUGUAACCAUCUGAUAUUUGGGGUGUUUUCAGUUCUUUACAAUUAACCAUUGCUCAAAACCAGUGGCAUGAGAUGGGUUGGGCUGAAACCUGCCCAAGGUCCUGUGGGCAAGUAGGGAUUUGAAUCUGUCCUUGUUCCAAAGACAACACUGCCGACCAAAUAAUAUUUCUCCACUAUUGGUGUCAUAGGCCUUUAAGAGAAGCCCCUCCCAUGUGUCCGUCCACCCCCCCCCCCCAUAUCUACCAAAUAGCAAGAUUCUCCAGUGAAUUUCCAGGAACAGCUGCUGGGCGAAUCAUAUGGCUGCCACAGUCACACCAGGGGGUUGGGGAUGCACUUCUGUUUGAAGAAGCAGAAAUACAAAGAGCAAAUAAACACCAAGGCCUGGAGCAGCCUCGUGACAAGGAAGAUGUGGGCAGGCCUGUCUUCUCUGAUCGGCAAGCAGGACACAGAUAUAUCUUACUCUGCCAGCCAGUCCUGAAGCCGCCUGGCAUUCUUGAACAGAUGAGGGGGCGGCAACAUCAGGGGCUCACUGCAAAUGCCUCGUGGUGCCAGAGCACUGUUGGAAGGGAGUGUAGAGGCUCAGAAGCAAACAAAGGCCAAAGGGCUCUUGAUCUUCCAGUGAUCCUACCCCAUAGCCCUUGAGAUUCCAUACCAGAGUCCCCACUUAAUCAGAGUUUUUCCCUUUUCCGAGAAAAAGCCGUUGCUCAGAGAUAGAGCAUGCAAGGAUGUUUGAGGUUUGGUCCCUGACAUCUCCUGGUGUGACUAGAUAAGACCCCAAGACCUUGGAGAGCACCUGCCAGUCAGUGUGGAGCAUAUGGAGCUCUGUGUAGCAUCUGGCUUGUUCUUCAUGCAGCAUCGCACUGUGACAGCAGGGCCAGUGAUAACUGCAUUGAACUGUAUUGCCAGUGGUACUGCACAGGAGAAGGGCUUUGGCUCAGUGGUAGAGUGCACAUGUUGCAUGCAAAAAGGUUCCAUCCCUGGAUCUUCGGAUACACUGCCAGGCAGUGUCUAUAAUACUGAGCAAGAUGGACCAAAUAUCUGGCUUGGUAUAAGGCACCUUCCUGAACUCCCAUCUGUGCUCUGCCACUCUGUCUAUGUACCUCCAUGUUUAUUUUUCUCCCUGUGUUGUGAGGACCGCUAUCUGUCAUUCCCUCCAUUGCUGUUAAUUCAGGAUCUGCUGAAGUUCAGCACCUAGGAUAAGCUAACCUGGGGUCCUCCAGAUGUUGUGUUGACCCAACAGCUCACCAUUGCCGGGGAUUGGACUAGAUUCUGUGAAGUGCAGUGAGGUGGCAGUGAGGUGCUGUCCCAGUGCUAACUAUCAACGGGCAACGUAAAGGCCUUCUCCCUCCUUUAUGGUUCUUCAUCCUUAAAUUGGAUUUGGACCAGACAGCCCUUCAAAGGCAGGACUUUAAGGACCGCAAACCUGUGCCUGGGCUGCGCUGCUUUAGACUGCAUGUGGGAGAUGACAGACUGGAAUCACCCAAAUUACAAAAUAAAAUUAAAUCCCUGCACAUAAAAGCUAAAUGCCAUAGACAAGGUUUUUGGCCUAGCCUUCUCUCUGACAUGUUCAUUUUCCAUGUGCAGGAGUUGUGUCCUCUUCCCUUGAGGCCAAAGUGGUACAGUCAGGGCGUAGGUUUACUCCACUAUGGGGUGCGAGCGGAGUGGCAAGCGGCUCACCAGAACAGGAAUGGGGUGGGCCAAGCAGCAGCGAGGUCCGUGUUCGCAGCCUCAGCACUGCCUCACCUCACCUCAUCCUGCAACACCACCACAGCCACUGGAAGGACACUGCCACCAGUCUGUCCUCCUCACACACCACUGCUGAGUUUGAACUAGGCUUUACAGUGUUACCUCAGGUUACAUACGCUUCAGGUUACAGACUCUGCUAACCCAGAAAUAGUACCUCGGGUUAAGAACUUUGCUUCAGGAUGAGAACAGAAAUCGUGUGGCGGCAGCAGUGGAAGGCCCCAUUAGCUAAAGUUGUGCUUCAGGUUAAGAACAGUUUCAGGUUAAGAAUGGACCUCCGGAACGAAUUAAGUACUUAACCCGAGGUACCACUCUAUACACUGAAGAAUCUCCCCUCAGACAAUUUGCUGUUGUGAAGUCUUCUCUGAUCUGCCCUUACAGCUUCAGGAAGGUGUCACACUGCUUAGCUUACCUUGGGCCUGUCCUUAUCUAUCUAUCUAUCUAUCUAUCUAUCUAUGUAUCUAUGUAUCUAUCUAUCAUCUAUCUAUCUAUCUAAUAAAUAUAUUACCAUUUAUUUUACACAUAUAUAUUCAAUUCCUUUUAUUAUUAUUUUGCAAGAAGCAACCUCUUGUGCAACAUCAGAUACAACUGGACUAUUCUAACUCAGCAGGAGCGGAUUAGUAAGGGAGACCAUAGUCAGUGGAGAGUUUUGUUUUCUUGGUCCAGAGAGGGGCCCCAAUCCUCUGCCUGCAGAAUAACUUUCCUUUAGGGAUUCAAGGCAGGGUAAACAACAAACAAGUAGUGGUUUUAUAAACUGAUUUAGACCUAAGCUGAUGUAAAAGUUUGCAUAUACCUCCAUCAUAGCUGUCAACGUUUCGCUUUUUUUAAGGGAAAUUCUCUUAUUCCAAAUAGGAUUCCUCGCAAGAAAAGGGAAAAGUUGACAGCUAUGACCUCCAUAUGCUUAUUGAAUGAUGGCAAAUAAAAUAUCUAAAAUGAGCAUUGGAAGACCUGUCACCCCACGUGCCCUGGGGCCAGGCAGGCAAAAGUGAGCAGGUUUGCGCUCCCAGGGCUGCCAUCUGUUGAAACUGGUACAAUAUUAGAGAUGGGAACUUCCCAAGUGAAUGGCACUUUAAGGAACUAUUAUUUGUUUUGAAAUGCUAAGGUUUGAGGCAAGUUAAAAAUCCUGCAUGAGCACAUUAUUGGAGCAGGGGGCAGUGAGCCAUCGGAGCAAAAUCCCUGAAAGAUUAUAUAAAUCAAUGGCGCCCUCUAGCGGCUGAAGGAGGGAGCAAUAUCUGGGGAUCACAAGUGGGGGGGGGGGGCUGGCUUAAAUAAUAAUGGGAGAUGUGUUCAAAAGGAUUUGGCCAGGCUUGAGGAUGAGGACAGCUAUCUGGGUUGGGGGUGGAAUAUCACCAUCUGGGGAAAGGCCUGCCUGCACCUGUACUCGGCUUGCCAUCUGUCUUGGCUCCAUCUCCUCAGUGGGCAGAUCAGUUGCAAGUGACAGCACAGCAGCAGGCAGAGUCUUGCAUGCGGCCAUAUUCCUGGGUCCUUGCUUGCUGCAGCCAAUGCAAGGAGCUUUCUCUGUGGCGGAUGUACAAAGCGAGGUCAGGCAGCAGUGUACGCACUGACUUCCUGGCCUGCACUGCUGGGUGGCUGGCAUGGGCUGGGGCCAGGAAUGGUACACCCAGGCAGAUAUGGACUAAAUGACAGCAUGGGGAGACCUAGUGCAGCCGUGGGAGGGGAGCCCAGGGAUGGAUAGAAGUGGUCAUGGAGCAGCUUAGGGGUGGAUGGGAAAGGAUGCAUAGGCAAGAUGACAUGAGCUUAGUGUUUACUCUGAACACUAGUUUGCAGGAGCACAGGAAGCUUGCUUUAUACAGAGUCAGACCAAUCACCUAUCUGGUUCAGUGUGGUCUGCACUGACUGGCAGCAGCUCUCCAGAGUUUCAAAUGGGGGGCAUUCCCAGCCAUACCUGGAGAUGCCAGGAAUUGAAACUGGGACCUUCUUCAUGCAAAGCUGAUGCUCUGCCAAUGAGCUUGCGUUGCCCUUCCUGGGAGAGAUGCCUUUACAUCCUUUGAAACUUCCAGUGCCACUGCAGUGAAAUGAAGGGGGCAGCCCUUUAGGGGGAGGAGCUCCAUGCACACAGUGGAACUUCCACAGAGAUCAUUGAAUUGCGAGGUGUGUGUGAAGCCAAUCUCUUCCCAAGGGAUUCUUUCUCAACUUCCGGAGAAUGACCAACUUACAAAGGAGAUCAAGCUUCAUUGCAUCUUUAAUAGAAGAUGGAUUUUUGGCAGAUAUAUGCAGUCCGUCCCACCCCCCACCCCCAAGUCCUGCAUGACAAGCUGCAUGGACCAAAAAUCUUGCAAGCCACAGAACUAUUGAAGAUGCAGGAGUCUUGCUCACCUUUGUAGCCAGUCACCUUUGAAAAAUAAACAAGAGGAAGUCAGAGAUAAGUGGAAAAAGGCGGUUAUGCAACCACAGUUGCUCAGCUUAGGUCAGGGUGGAAUAAGGCUGAAGCCUGUUCAUAGCUACUGAACCUGCACCUACACAGUUGGGUAAAGGUGUGCGACCAGAAAACAUUGGGGCAAACUGGGCUGCACAUGCUAACUGGAGGCCUCCCCCCCCCACAGGUGCCCCUUGGGGAUGUAGAGUGUUUGGUGAGUGGGCAAAGAGCCUCGUGCCUCGCAGUCGGAUGGAGGGUGUUUAGAGCCUCGGAGGUACAUUGUCAUGUACAGCGGUGAGCACAUUGUUUAGUCGUGUCCGACUCUUCGUGACCCCAUAGACCACAGCAGGCCAGGCACUCCUGUCUUCCGCAGUUUGGUCAAACUCAUGCUGGUAGCUUCGAGAACACUGUCCAACCAUCUCGUCCUCUGUCGUUCCCUUCUCCUUGUGCCCUCAAUCUUUCCCAACAUCAGGGUCUUUUCCAGGGAGUCUUCUCUUCUCAUGAGGUGGCCAAAGUAUUGGAGGAUCUGUCCUUCACGAUCUGUCCUUCCAGUGAGCACUCAGGGCUGAUUUCCUUAAGAAUGGAGAGGUUUGAUCUUCUUGCAGUCCAUGGGACUCUCAAGAGUCUCCUCCAUAAUUCAAAAGUCGAGCACAUUAGCAGGCGCUAAAGUUACACAGCAGUUGUAGUUGUGUGUGCGCGCGCUCCUACUCUACAUCGCUUGCGGUUGGCGAUGUGCGGAUCCAAAAAAGUCAGUCGCGCGGCGCACCACCAGGCGACUCUGAGAUGGGCCUCUGGGCGGCGAGGCGCUCCGGCAGAGCUGGUGCGCCCGCUCGUCGUUUUGCGCGUGUGUCUCAGGCCCGGCCGAGUCGGUGGGGGUGAGGGAAAGGGAGGAGGAAAGUGGGGCUGGGCGGAGAAGGAGGGUAGGGGGCGGAUCCGAGACACGAGAGUCCCGGUUAGCCGAGGGGAGGAGCCUGUUCAAACUUGUCGAGACGCGGCGGCGCUGCGAGCCGGCCGGGGGAACUGUGCCCCGUAGCGGCCCAGCGGCGGACCGGCACCAUGGAGGCGGCCAGGCCAGGUGCGGGGCAAGGCGGGCAGCGGGAGGUCGCGAUCCACUUUCCGGUGGGCGGGGGGAGACGGGCGGGAAUUCGCUUCGGGGCCCAGAAAGAUCAGAAGGGGAGAGCUCCCCCCUCCGCCAAAAAAAGGACCAGCCGAUUUGCGCGCUAAGAGUCUUGGGCGCUGAGUUACAGUUGGCGACCGAGGGGGCUUGCUUGGGAGCCUCUUUCGGGAUGCCUUUCUCCAGCGGCGGGUCGCUCCUCUGCUUCCCCCAUCCACCUCCCUUCCAGAAGGGGGCUGAGUUGGCUGCGUGGUCCCGCCGCGGCGAUCUUUGUUGUUGCGUGGAGUCGGAAGCAGGCCGGCGAUGUUGCUGUUUAAUGCGCCCCCCGCUUCCCCCUCCAUCUGCCUGCUGGAAUCACAUUCUCCCUUCGCCAUCCGUCGACUUGCGUCUCCCGCGGUGGGAAAGGAGAGGCGCCGCUGCCUCUUGUCCCGGCGGCGAGUCGGUUUCUGAGCGCGUAAUGUUGUUCCUUCGCGUUACUUUCUCCAUGAAAGGGCAACGGAGAAGCGGGAGUCUGCGCUGCCGGGCUUGUGGCGCGCGUGAAGGUGCCCCUUUCUCCCUCUUCGUCACGGGGCAGCCUCUUGCCAGCCAAUGAGCUUGUUGGUCUGGCCUAGUGGGCUUCUCCCUCUCCCUCCUUUCAUUCAUGGGGAAAGUUUGGCCGUGGCCUCCUCCUCCUCCUCCACAUCCCCGGUGCUCUGAAUCUGCGCCAGGAACCUGGGUUAAUGGAGGCCAGGCGGUGUGCCAGAGCCCUCCCUCCGCUGCCUGGAUGGGUUGGCUUGGGGUUUAUGCCUGUUGAGAGUCCAAUGCAGGUCCUUGCUCUGAGCAUUUGGGCUAGUCCUUCAGCUGCCCCAAGGGAACCCCAGAGUGACCCCAGCAGCCAGGAUAGGCUAUGCAAAGCCCUUGGAUGAUACUAUGCAGAGCAGGGGGAGUGAACCUGUGGCUCUCCAGAUGUAGUAGGACCACAACUCCCAUCAUUCCCUGCCAUUGGCCAUGGUGGCUGGGGCUGAUGGGAGCUGGAGUUCAGCGGUCAGCUGUAGGGUCUGGGACAGAGUGUUAGUCUCUCAUUGCUAGAGGCGGGUGUGCAUGGUGUGUGGAAAUUGUAGGGUGGGUGAGUGUAGGUUUCUAUUUUCAGCACAGGUGUGGGGAGGCCAAUGAGGAAACCGUCCAAUGUUGAUAUGGGACAUGCUCCCCAAGCAUCCUGUAGGAGCAUGUGCAACAGCUAAAAAGCCUCUUUGAAUGUGUUUAUAUGCACACAGUUGCAUAUUAUGCUGGAAGCAUGUGUGUUGCACUGGGCAGACCAAACAAUGCUGGCUUUCCCUGCUGUACGUGUGUUUCUGUCAGCUUCUCUUUCUGCAUUUAGCUGUGGUGACUGACUGCGAUAAGCCCUGGAGAUUUUCUUUGCAUGUGGAAUAACAGUGGGUGCUGUGGGCUAAUAUCAGAAGCAUUAACUAUAAAAGAUCCUCUCUAGGACAAUAAUGUGAUAAUAAGGUGCAUUUAUAUCCUUCCUUCAAGGAAUUCAGGAAUGAAUAUAUGUCUGCCCUCCAAUUUUAUCCUCACAACAACCUGCAGGCUAGGCUGAGAGACGGGUCCAGAAUUGUAGCUUUGUAGCUGGAUGGGGAGUUGGACCUGGGUUUCCACAGUCCUGGUCUGACCCGCUCAGCAAUAGUCCAGCAAUAUCUGGAGGGCACCACGUUGACAAAGGCUGCUCUAAGCCAUCUCACUUCCAGCUCUUUGAUUCUAUUAAUUCUCUUGUUCUGUUCUCUCUUUUUCUGUCGUUGGGGGUACAUGGGAGUGAGCUGGGGUCUCCCAAGAGGCGACUGUGUGUGUUAAUUACAUUUCCUGGAGAAAUGAGGUGGCCUCUUUGUGUUUGUGAAGAGGACAGACAACAGGAACCAUUCAUCACAACUCAUUGUGUUCGGAUUCUUGCCUCUGUGUAUAUGGUGCUUUUUAAGAUCCAGCCUGAGCCUGUUUGCGGUCGCGACUCUCCUGUUAGGGGCAGCUUGCUGUCCUUUGCAAGCUUGUGAAUCACCAUUCUCUAUAAACAAGAACCUGAAAGCCCUGAAACUUUUAAAACUCUCUGCUGCUGGCAGUUUGGUCCUGCAGGGCUUGGAAAAGUCUGGGCAAAGCACUGCCAUUUGCAGCUUUCAGUUCCAGGCCAGAUGCCAGUGAACGAUGGAUAGGAGAGAAAAGUGUUGAAGGGCCAGGAAGCCUCUCUAGUGCUCAGACUGCCAGGGCUGGGAUUUAGGGAAUCUUUGGUGAUGGGUGCAUCCGUGCAUGCAAAGGCGAGGGGGGGGGGGAGCAGCUUUUUCUUGGGUACAUUCUGCUGGCAGAGUUGAGAGGAGGGAGGGGGACUGUGGAAGGGUAAGAGUCUGCUUGCUCUCUGAUCAUGUUCUUUGUUCCUCAGCUUUAGGCUGGACAGGCUUGAUAGCUUCAGCAGAUGCCUCCGCUCCUUGCUUUGAAGUGAAAUAGGUGGGGGAAGGGAGGGUACAGCCCUGACCGACCUCCCCCCCCUCUCCCUGCAGUGUCUUGUUCGCUGGGCAGCAUUGUUAUACAGGCACACAGCUUAAGACCGAUGCUAAGAAGUGGAGGCAGCAGGCUUCUCCUCUCCCUUGAUGGCUUUCCUAGACUUAUUCAGAUGCCAUGCACAAAGUAGCACAUUUUAUUCCCAAGCAUUGGGAGUGGGGGCUGUGGUCAUUGUUGGGUUACAACUCUCAUCACCCCCGAUUGUUGACAGUGCAGGCUAUGGCUGAUGGGAGUUGAAGUACAACUAUAUCUAGAGGGCCACAGGUGCUGCCCUUCACUGCUGCAUUGUGGGAAAAGAAGCCUCUGAGUGCUGAGAGUGGUUUCGGAGAAUGGUGGUGCAAGGGGCCUUCUUUUUUUGGUCUCCCAGUGGAGGAUAAGCAUAGAUUUCCAACAUGGAAAGCUACUAGUGGUUCCCCAUGGUCCAGAAGCAUGACCCACAUUAACAAGGGGUUGUGCCUUCAGCAUAGUGAGCUCAGUUCUAUGGAGCUUCAUCCAGUAGGAACCAGACAAGGACUGACACUGCAAAGUUUCAGGUGUUGGGUCAGAACAAUUUUUUAUUUCAGGAGGCUGCUUUAAUGUUCUUGUUUUCUUAUGUUUAAUGUUCUUGCUUUCUUAUGUUUAAUCUAUGCCUUUUGUACAUUGUAUGUUUAAUUUUUUCUUUGUGAGCUGCUUUGAGACAACUGAAAAGUGAGGUAGUAGACCUUUAGACAGAGAAACAAAUGAAGAAACAGUUACAGUCAAUGACUCUCAGAUCCAGCUAGGGUAGGGAUAGGUGGCCCCCUUAGUACAUUGUCUAUAGACCUCUGCAGAUUUAUCUCAUGAAAAGUCCAGCCCAGCGCCAAGGGCUCUUGAACCUCUAGAUAUGGCCCUUGUGGAAGGUUAAUUGCUAACUGUAGCCAGUUGGUUUACUCACAUCUAGAGAUCUCAGUUUUGCAGGAUAUGAAUGCCUAGCAGUGGUGUCCAAACUUUUUGCAAAGAGGGCCAGAUUUGAUGAAGUGAAGGGCCGUGAGGGCCAACCAAAGUUGUUGUUGAGGUUUUUUUAGGAUUUUACCCAGAAAAUAAACUACCACAGGGGCCGGAUUAAAUCAACCAGGGGGCUGGAUUAGGCCCCCGAAACGGACUUUGGACAUGCCUGGCUAGGGCUUGGCCAAGGAUGCGCAAAGGCAGAGUUCUAUUUCACUGAUAGCUAUAGGCAAGCAGGAGUUCCAUGUUGGGGAUUGACAGGGCUGGGGGAGGCGGCUCCUUCUCCCAACAGCCCACUUGGUUUCUGUGCUACCUGUAAGAGAAGAAAAACCCCUUUCUCUGCAAUCAUGGAAAUGCAGAGGGGUGCCAGAGGAGCACUCAGUCCUUUCAUCCUCCUACUUCCAGUUCACUUGGUAGAAGGCUUUUCUCUCUCUCUCUCUCUCUCUCUCUCUCUCUCUCUCUCUCUCUCUCUCUUUCUUUCUUGUGGCUAGCUUGUUAGGAGAGUAGAGAAGCCUACAUUUCCAUGUGUGGGGUUGCAGAAUAGGACAUCUCCACAUCUAUGGCAAGCAUGGGAAUGCAGGCUAGUAAUAUUCUUGAAAAACAAACUUUUGUUGGCUUAUUUACAAGGCAGGUUUAUUGAAGUGUGUAAACUGUGAACUAGGAAGUCCUUCAAGCAAAUGUUUCCUUUGCAGCAAACUCAGAGGUCUUAACAAACCAGUACUCUCUCAGCCUCAGUCCCUUCUCUGCAAAAUGGGUAUGAUAAGGCUGAUCUUACCUUGUGAAGCAUCAUUACUGAACCAAUAUAUGUGAUACAUUUUAAACUCUCUAAAAUGCUCUGUAAAAGCGAACUAUUUUGGUUAACAUGUUGCAGCUAGUUGGGAUUAAGGCUCUCUGCAGCUGGCCCGCUAUUUAGAUUGUUUAUCUGCCAAUCCAUUUUUUGACUUCCUGCUGUUUAAACUUGUAUAGUGGUGGGCAGCACUGCCCCUAGGCUUUGCUGCAGUCAGCAAAUUAAAAUCCCUUCUCUAACCCCCCCACCAAAACACCCUUAACUGUAUGCUGAGUAGCACAGUGCCACCAUACGCAAUGAUCAAGUGUUGAUUGGAAUUAUUCUUUCUCAUUUUAAUUUCCAAAGCAACUCCUUUCUUCCCCUUGACAACUGGGCCUGUGUUCCAGAGAUCAGUUGGCAAUCAGGCCGUGCCCCCUGGUAUGUUGGGAGCCCUGCCCAUCCCAUGAGUCGCUGAGCUUGCUUUGUGCUCCUCUUCCAAAAGUGCAACACAGCACAUUUCUCUCUGCCUGCAAGUAUUUACAUAGCUGAGGCAGAUGCUGCUGGAAUUGUGGUGCCCGCAUAUCCAGUUUGCCAUUAUGAUUGGGUUAGCCUAGGUGGCGAGGCCUUGGGCUUGGGAGUACAGGAGUGUGGCCAGCUGCUGGCUGCUGGGAUCUAGUGUCAGCAAACUGGCAUUUCAGAGGACUGGGGGAGUUGGGGACUCUGUGUGCAUAUGUGCACACAUGCGCCUUGGGAUCUGGUUAUGCUACGUAGUUAUGAUGUGUCAGGUACUUGCAGGGUUCAAUAGUGCUCAGAAGGCCAUGUCUUCUUCUGCUUGUACCUGUUCAUUCCCCCUUCUCUUCUUUUCUGAAGGGUCUCCGUGUUAAUUGUACUGCUUUCCUGGAAAGAAAACCUGGUGCAGGGACAUCUCCCGGUAGCUUUUGGUCCUCCUGUGCCAGCCCAGGUCAUCAUAUGGGAUUAAAUCCUUACUCCCCAGGUUCAACGAGAGGGUGAAGAUGGUUCCUCCUCUCCAUGGCUUUAUGUGGAAUGUGUGUGCGCGCAUGUGGAGAGGAACCCUGCUGGGUUGACCCAGCUGUGGCCUGACUGAAUGCUGCCCCUGAUCAGUGUGCACUAGGCUGCUCUUCUGGGUGGCCUGUCACUGCACAUCCAUCCAGCGCUCCUAGUGAUCAUAACUCAUUAGCUUGUCAUGUGUGCAGCUAUCACAUGGCCUGCCCUCAUGCUGGGGAGAGUGGAUCUGCACUUAAAGGGGUGGGAUGCCCUCUGGCAGAUUGGUCCAGUCGUGGUAACGUUCGUGCUUUGGUAGGUGGCAUCUCUGUCCCACAGUGUGCUGUUCUCUGUGUUCUACAGCAUCUGCCUGCAUACAACAUCUCCUUGUGUCAGAUAACUGCAUCAUACUGUGUUGCCAAAGAUCCUGUGUAGGAGACGGGUCUUCUUGACUUUAGUGGUAGAGCACCUUUGUUGCAUGCAGUGUUGGCUGCAGGUUCAACUCCUGAAAUCUGUAGGUAAGGAUGGGAGAGACCCCCUGCCUGAAACCCUGGAGAGCUGCUGCCAGUCAGUGUAGACAAUACUGAACUAGAUGGGCCCAUGGCCUGACUCCAUAUGAGGCAGCUUCAUAUCGUAGAAUCGUAGAGUUGGAAGUGACCACAAGGGUCAUCUAGUCCAAGCCCCCACAAUGCAGAAAUCUCAACUUAAGCACCCAUGACAGAUGGCUAUCCAACCUCUGCUUAAAAACCUCUAAGGAAGAAAAGUCCACAGCCUCCCAAAGGGGUCCUUUCCACUGUCGAACAUGUCAAAUAUGUUCCUGUUGAGUUUUUUCUUUAUACAAUAGAGGUAGGCGGAGGAAAGCACAGCAAUGUGAAGUACAGUCAUACCUCAAGUUGUGUUUGGUUCAUGUUGCGUUUUUUCAGGUUAUGAAUGCGACAAACCCGGAAGUGUUUGCCUCCGGGUUUGCUGCUUCGCACAUGCGCAGGAGCACAUUAUCGCGUGAUGCGCAUGUGCAGAAGCAGCGCUCUACUUACGGACUCUUCGGAGUGCGAACGGCACCCUGGAACGGAUUGUGUCCAUAAGUAGAGGUACCACUGUACCAAAGUGAGUAUUUGGCUCAAGAUAACCAAAUCACCCAGUGCUCUACAGGAAACAGCAACAAAUUAUCAGGAACCCUAUAUGUUUGACUGGAGAGAGAGGCAGUGUUAGAAACGGAGAUAUGAAAGCUAGGAGCUAAACCUUAAACCUAGAUUAUGGGCACAACAACAGAAUGUCUAGGCACACUUUUAACAAGAAUACAAAGCUGAAAAAUGAAUGAACUGCAGCUGAAAUCUUAUAUUCAUUUUUCACAUGGUCUAGUCCUCAUCUGAAGAUUGCAAAAAACAACAACAAAGCCAUGCUUCCCCUGCCUGCCCCACAAAUAUUCUUAAGAGGGUCUUUUCUCCAGUCUUCAGAGAGUGGCUGGAAGUGGGGAGGCAGAAAAAGGUCCUCCUUUCCUUCCACUCUGCAGUUUUAAUCUGAAACCAUAGGCCCAGAGCUCAGGAACUACGUACUCACGCUAAUGAAAUUCCUUGUCGCAAAACCAGCCUAGAACAAUGGGAGUUUCGAAUGCUUAUUAGACACCAAACAUAAACAAAAUCUUCUGAUUCCUCCGAAAAAGGAAUGUGGCUGUUCUGAUGGGGUCAUGCUCACAAAUUCUUGAUAUCCAGACCAAAGGAACCCCUGGUGGAGGUGUGUGGAAGGUACUGCCUAAUCCCAUUUGACCAUGGAAACGGUCUAGAAAAGAACUUCAGCUGACUCUGCCUUCCAUGUUCACAAACCUGAGGAUGUUGAAUUUGCAAAGCAUAUCCUUGCAUAUACAUCUGCAAUGAGCAAAUAAAUACAAAUAAGCAACGAUUCUACUCUGAAAUCCACUAUAGUGCAUCCCAAUGCAUUUCUGGCUUGGGAGUCAUAACUUGUAGAACAGUCUUUCCCAAACUGGUGCCCUCCGGAGUUCUUGGACUCCAUCAGCCGCAUCCAGGCUUUCUCAAAUCUAGACUUAAUAGGCAUCAUGAAUUAAUCUUUUGAAAAUCAGGUCAAAAGUGGAAGUCUCCAAUAAUAAUGCUUAGUAUUUUUUUAAUUAGGAAUUUUUUAUAUGCUUUCCUGCCAUUACUUCAGAUUUUCAGACAAAAAUUAAACCAAGGAGAUAACUGAAGGAUGUCCAGCAACAUGUCUGUUCCAGGAUUUGAACAUUAUUUUGCCUGUUCUAUUUACUACCCACACAACUUUCCAGGUGCUAUAAACUCUAUUACAUGCAGGUAAAAUGGUGCAACUUUCUAGGUGCUGCUUUGCAUCCCUUGGCAAUAAAGAGGCUGGGAUUUCCCUAGACUGGAUUAUUUCAACGUUGACAUAUCUAAGGAUUUUCUGGUAGAAGAAUUUUUUUUUUUUUAACAUAGUCAUUUUAAAAUAAGACUUCUGUUCGAUUGAUCCUAGUGAUCUGGGUUUGACAAGCAUUAAAAAUUGUCAGACAUUAGGACCAACCUCUAACAAAACAAUAUCGGAUUUAUAAGUGUGAGGGUUUUAGAAUUUUUUCAGCCUUUCUUAAGGCAGUUUUUCUUUGCUCUUCUAAAUGUAGAGGGGAUAGUAGCAGAAUGUACGUUGGGGUUUUUUUUUAGGAGGAGCUAUUUUAAUACUGUAUAAACUUGCCUAACGUUUGGACCUUACAGAUUCUAUUAAGCUGUUUACUUUAAUAAUCAAAUAAAGUUUCUAGUCCUCAGUAUACAGUUUAAUUCCUCCGCAGUUUCGAAACUAUAAAUCCCAUUUUGUGAUACUUUGUUCACUGAAAUAUUUGUGACACCCCCACCCAUCCUGCAGAAAGAAAGAAAAACUCCCAAGAUCCUCAUCUCCCUUGAACUGAUCUGCUUACUGUGCUCUCCUGCCUUGCAUAAUGGGUUUCCCAGGUGCUAGGCCUGAGUGGUACAAUCUGCAACUUUCUUAGGCUGUUGUCUCUGAGAGUGGCCCAGCUGUGAGGUCAAAUUCGGGACCUCCCUGGAGUCCCAGGCUCAUUGGUUCAGGCCAACAUUUGCAUGAAAACGGGAGCUUUUGUCUCCCAACUUCGGCUUCUGCUGCUGUUCCUGCUGGUGGAUUAUUUCUCCCAUAAUCCCUUAGCCUGGCGGUUGCUGGGAGAUGUUGAUUAUGUUAAGGACAAGAGGAUCCUGACAUCAAACAGGGCCUGGAGCAGCAGGGGCCUGCAUGGAAACAAAGAUCCGGUUUCCAGGCAGAUGCCUGUCCUGGAUGAAGAGGAGCAGCAAGUGUGGGGUGGGUAGGGGAGGGCAUGGCUCCCUAGAUGGAUGGACUGUGGAAAAUGGGCUCCCUUCUCUGGGUAUCCCUGAAAUUCAGCUUAUAAAUGCUUCUUGAACUCAUGUGUUAGAUGACAUACAGAUUAUUGUGUCUCGAGUACAUUUAUGUGUUGUGUUGGCAAGUCUUAGGCUGCUCAAAGAACUUCUUGUCAUACGGCAGCCCAUCAGUAAUGCAAAUAAAAUAAUAGACUUAGAUGGGGAUAAUGUCUAUGGCAUGAUUUUAGGCUGUUUUCAUACUUUGCCUUUUGAGUUGCUCUCCUUUUAUGAUAAUGAAACCUAGAGGAGGGCAUUUGACUAGCCAAAAUAGAUCCUGCCUCUUUAAAGCACUGGCAUUGUGAGGACAAAGGAAAAAAUAAAUAAACUUCAAACUUUUGUUUAUAAAUACAUUUCAGCUGGGCCACAGUGGCUGCCUUGGCACGUAUUGGCAAGCCAAACUUUCUGAUUUUUCGUGGUUUAUUGUGAACAAGCCGUGUGUUGGUGCAACCUGCCCAGUAGUUCCAGCUUCACUCCUUCCCUGACAUGAGAGUGGUAAACAGUCCAGGAAUAAUUGGCUUAUCAUUAUGUCUGAACUCACAGACCCUGGUUUGUUGCUCCUUAACAAGCAAUGUUAACGAGCCAACCUUAACCCACGGUUCGCGGUUGAUUUGCUGAUUGGGACGAUCCAUGGUUUAGAUGCAAUCUCCUUCUUCUCCAGGGUGGGGAGCAAAGCAGGAAUGAUUGGGCAAUGUGCACUAACCCACUGCUUGUUCACAAUAAGCUGCAAUAGAUUGGAAACUUUGGCUUACCGUUUUGUGCAAACAUGGCCACUGCAACAAGUUAUGUAAGAACCUGGCUGCUGUUUUCUUUAAAAUAUGGAUACAUUAUUACAGGGGUAGGCAGGCAAACUAAGGCCCGGGGGCCGGAUGUGGCCCAAUUGCCUUCUAAAUCUGGCCCGCGGACGGUCUGGGAAUCAGCGUGUUUUUACAUGAGUAGAAUGUGUGCUUUUAUUUAAAAUGCAUCUCUGGGUUAUUUGUGGGGCAUAGGAAUUCGUUCUUUUACCCCCUUCAGAAUAUAGUCCAGCCCACCACAUGGUCUGAGGGACGGAGGACCGGCCCACGGCUGAAAAAGGUUGCUGACCCCUGCAUUAUUAUAUGAGCACUCUGCUGUCCUGGGUUCAUUUCAAGAGGUUCCUUUCCAUGUGUCUCCUUCCAGUGCUUGAAAGGGUGGGGAGGGAUGGACAGGCAGGAAGCAUGGGAUACAUUAAGCAUAGUUUGGAUUCAUUCCAAUGAUCCUUCUGGCCUAAUAACUUGUGCUGGUAGGGUUGGUUGGCAUCUGUCUGUCUUGGGAGACAAUGGAAGAAAGUGCCUUUGGGGGUGAAGUUAAACUGUUGAGGAGUUACAGCUGCUGCUGUGGCUGUAGAGACGAUACAGGAGAGACAUGUUUUGUUGCAGCUGGGGCAGAUGAAGGUGCCUGGUUACGCUGAUGCAGGUGCGCACUUCCCAGCAGUUGUUCCCCCUCUGGUUAGGGACAGCAGUGGUGAUCAUCAAAAGGAAGAAGCAACACCCAGAGCAGAGCAGCUUUCCAUCCUGUUCUUCUGUGAAAAUUGUGCUAUAUUCCUUAGUUCAGGACCAGCCAAUGUGAGCCCUCUGGGUGUUUUUGGACUCUUGCACCCAUCAGCCACAACUAGCCCUGGCAAUGGUCAGAUAUGAUGGGAGCUUGCAGCCUCAACAACUUUGGCUGUCCCUGUUCUAGUUCUUGUUGAUCAACAGGAUGGGACAUGUUUGGAAAGUGUCCAGGUGGCUGAAUGUGCUGAGCACAAGUCGUAGUUGAUAGAUAUAAAGCCAGUUCAGGAGUCGAACUUUGAAAACACCAUCUUUAGAAUGCUUUGCCAGCAACCAGUGAACUGAAGUUCUCAGUUUACAUUGAUCAAGGUCCAAACAUGGAAAUGUGUGCUGUCUAGGGAAGAGUGACACUGUAUAGCACAUUGCACAAAAAUCAGCAUCUUUCAUUUUGGCAGAAAGACUGGGGUGUCAGAGAAUCUGUCUGCAAGAUGCCUCUGUUAAAGUUUGUGGAAGCUGCAAAUUCAGUAUCCUUGGGUGAUGUGGAAGGGGGUUGACAAAGGACGGAUUGUUGUCUGCUUGCUGUAAAUGAACUUUCCUUUCAAUGCUAACUGCAGCUUCUCAGCAUGUGUCACACAUCUCUGAUUCUGCGGGCCAAAAUAGAUAUGUGCAUGCUUAUUAUACACUAACAGAAUACACUUUAUUCAAGUGUUGGAGAGGGUCAGGGGGUGUCUCCUGCUUUCCUAUAUCAACACGAGUGUCAGGGGGAGCAGAACGAAACCCGCCCCCUGCCUUGCCAUGCCAUGCCAUGCUUGACUGGUUUAAGCUGUUUUCAGUCAGCCUGGCUUGGAUACCAGAAGUGAGCCAGGCUGUGAGAGGCAAACAGCCUUAAGUGGCUGAAUAUGGCAAGUUCAGACAGGAUGGGGGCCUUUUUUGUUCUUCAUGUGCUCAUUUUGCUGCAAAAAGUAAGACUUUAUAGGCAAAUGGGUGAAUAAACAUAUGGAUACCUAGUUUAGCUCUGUGUUGUGUCUGUCAUUUAAAUGACCGGGGGGGGGGUUCCCUUUAAAAUAAUCCCAAAUUCCCAGUGGCAUAUGGACAUAGAGGAUGCUGCCUUCGUGUCGGACCAUUGCUCCUUCUGGCUCCCUGUUGUCUACUUUGAGUGUGGGGAACCCAAGGCCAGCCAUGUCUUCUGGGGGCUACAUGUGGGGUGGGGCCAGCUGCAAAAGUGGGUGGAGAAAUUAGUGUAAAUUUUACCUUUACAUGAUAGCCUAGUUUCUUAUUAUUUAUUCUGUAUCACCACACACCCACAAACUCCACUCUGUCCUCCCUCCAUUGUAUACCAAUGCAAGCAGGGGGCAUUACUAGAGAGUUCACAUUCCAGCCAGAGAGUGGCACAUCCCAUUUUGCCACCUGAGGCAAUAUGGGAAGUGCUGCCCUGCUGCUGCCACCACUCCCACCCCCACCAUACCUGCCACUGCUACUGCCUCUAUCUGUUGUGUGCCCUGCUACUUCUGACGCUGGUGGGGUGACCGUGGGGAUGCUGCCUCAGGGAUUUCUACUGCCUGAGGUGGUGAUCUCACCAUGCCUAAUGACAGGGCUGGCCCUGAGCAGAGAAGGGUAGGGAGGGAAUGUAGCAAGGGGAGGAUUCUAAGGGUUAGACUCCGAUAGGGAGACUUGGGUGUUGCAUUGUCUCCUGGUCCUGAGGUUCCCUCCCAUCCCUGAUCUACUCUGUGUAGCAAUCUUGAAGAUGUCUUUCUACCUGGGACCUUGUAGCUGGAGAUGCAGGGGGUUAAAUAUGAGAUCUUUUGCGUGCAGGUCAUGUCCUCUGUCACUGAGCCAUGGCAUUUUCCAACUAUUUGGGAUGGUUGAGAAACUCGCAUGCUCAAAACUCUUUGUUCUCUCCAAUCCUGUGAGGAGAUUAAGAAAACAUCAUAUUAGGUGGGUUCUUUCAUUCUGCUUUUGUGAGCUAUUACGGAAACACUUUUAUGUUUUCUAUCUUCUCUCAGCCAUGAAGGCUAAGCGAUCAGAAAAAGGAAAGCUUAGCUUUUUGAGAAUUUCAGCCAGUGUUUUCAGGCUGCGCAAAAAUGGCUCAGCUCCCGCUGUGAGGCUGGACUUCGCUAUCAGGCAGAAGACUCUGGCUCUCUGAUCUUGAUAAAUUUGGUUAUCAGAGCCCCAUCUCCAUUCCCUUUCAGAAUCUUGUUAAACAUUUAACGCCCUGCUUCAUUAUUUCAUUUGAUGGGAAGCUCAGCAGGCCGCUUUUGGACAGAGACGACUUGGCCACUGCACAAUCUAUGCCCUGGUAACUUCCAGAUCGGAUUAUUGUAGCACAUGCGACAUGGAGCUGCCCUUGAAGAUGACUCAAAAACUUCAGCUGGCCCAAAAUGCACUGGCCAGAUUACCAGAUGGGGUUCCAUUAUACUAACAUGGCUCAGCAUUUCAAGCAGGGCUGGGGGACCUUUUUCAGCCUGGGGAGCCAUAUUCCCUCAAAGGCAACGUUCUGGGAGCAUACCUACGGUGGGUGUAGCCAGUGGCAACAAGUGGAUGGAGCAACAGGUGUGAUUACUUCCUUCACACAAUAGGUGCACAGUUCAGAGGUUUCUACACCUGCCUCUCCAUCUAGGCAAGUAAGAGGCAUUGUCACAGUUCAAGGACACAUUCCAGCCAAGCAAAAGCACUCAAGGAUGGGGUGGAGCAGGGCCACUGACACAGCAGGCAUUGGCAUUUAUGUGGCCUGAGGGGAGUCUCAAGGGUCAGAUGGAAAGACCUGGAGACCCAGAUUUGAUCCCCUGUCUGGAGGUUCCUUAUCCCUGGAUUAAAGCUUUAGUUGACUGAGGCCCAAAAUACCUGAAAGAUUGCUUUGUUCCCUAGAGGCCCUCUCAGGUGUCAACAGAUUGGGCCCUCUUGGUAGAUCUGCCACCCCCCGGGCCAUGUAGUAGCUCCCAGCUUCAGUCCUUGGCAUCUCCAGGUAAGAGUUGGGAGAGACUUCCUGCCUGAAGCUCUGGAGAGCUGCUGUUGGUCAGUGUAUACAGUACUGAGCUAGAUGGGCCAAUGAUCUGAUUCUGUAUAAGGCAGCAGUUCCUAUCUUCCUAUCUCAGAGGUGAGGGAGGUGGUGACCUGGAAGAGAGUAUUUUCUGUGGCAGCCUCUAAGCUGUGGGAUUCCUUCCCUAUAGAGGAACACCAGAUUAUAAAGGUUUUACCAUAUGCUGAAGAUGCCUUUGACACCUGAGAUGCAUGUUUCUAGAACCCAACCUAUUCUUUUGAUUGUAAAUUGUUUGAUCUGAUUUUUAAAUCGUAUUUUUAACAUUGCUGUAAGAUGCCCUGGGACUUUAUGGUGAAGAGUGGAUAAGAAAACAUUUUAUUCUUAUUACCUGUUGAGUGGGAAGGGUAUUUAUUCUUUAACCAAAGUUAAUGCCACUUACACUUGUGGAACAUUCCCUCAUUUUUUGGCUUUGCUGCAGCAGGCAGCAGAUGAAUUUUGCAUCAUCUCUGAUCUGGCCCAUACGGGCAGCUCAUUGUCUGUGCUGUUGCAGGCUCUGUAGGCUAUUUUCCUCUUCGAAAUUGCUUUCUCUCUUGAAUAGAUUCCAAUUGCAAAUUGUAGCGAAUGUUGAAUUGCGUUAACCCUGCCAUGCAGCUACCUUUGAGUUAAAAUCUGGCAGCUUUAUAAACUAGUCUGUGCCGGCUUGGAGUAGGAACUGAAUAAUCCCUUGUCUAUGGAUAGGAAGCCUAAGCUAACUGGAAAGGACAUUGAUGCUAUUCUGGUGUUCUCUGCAGCAAGUGCAAAUGGUGUUUCUGUGGCCAUUCAUCUAGCCCCUUAGCUCCCCAUCUGCCCUGAACAAUUUCCUGUGGGCACUUGGGAAUUCCAGCUCCAAAGCUAUAGACUCUGCAGCUUAAUUAUUUGCUAUCUUAUUAUUUAUGCCAUCUGGACUGGGGGCUGAGCUGUCCAUAUUGCUUCCUCUACUGGGACAUCCACAAUCGGGGAUUUGUUUUUUGUUUUUUAAAGGCCUUAGCUUUCCACAGUUCGAAGGCAUGCUUAUAUAGAACUAUAGCUGUCAACAUUUCCCUUUUUAAAAGGAAAAUUCCCUUAUUCCGAAUAGGAUUCUUUGCAAGAAAAGGGAAAAGUUGACAGCUAUGUAUAGAACAUAAGAAGAGCCCUGCUGGAUCCAGCAAAAGGCCCAUUUAAUCCAGUAUCUUGUUCUCCUAGUGGCCAACCACAUGCCUGUAGGAAGCCCUCAAGCAGCCCUGGAGUGCAACAAUGCUUUCUGCACUUGUGAUUCUGUUUGACUGUAGUGAAAGCGUGAGCAUGGAGCUAAAAUGUAUAUGAGGUCUGUCUGUUUGUCCAGUAUCCCAGUAUCGUGUACUCUCAUUGGGAGAAGCAUUCCAGGUACUCAGGCAGAGGUCUUUCCCCAUCACCUUUUUUAACUGGAGAGGCCAAGGACCAAACUUGGAAACCUCUGGAUGCAGUGCAUGUGCUCUGCUGCUAAGCAAUGGUCCCUCACCGCAGCAUGUGCGCAAAGCAAUGUGUUCAUUUUCAGCAAUCUGGAAUUCAGAUUCAGCAAUUCCCUGUUGCAGUUUGGAAGCCUUAUGGCCAGGGUGGACAGCCAGUGGGCAUGAUAGAAUUGUUGGCAGGUGGGCUUCAAUCCCCCACCAAAUUUUUCUUUCUUCCUCCUCCUUGAUUAGGCCAAAGAACUGCCUGGGCAGGCAACACUAGUCAUAUUUCAAAGUGAGGCUUAUGGUGCCCAUGGAUAUGCAUUGGCAGGGUGGAAAUAAGAACAAACCUUUCUCGUAAUUCUGCAGAUACGAUGGUGUUGUUAAGGCAAACUAUUUGGAAUCCAACCAUACUUGAGUUUGUGUUCCCAAGCUUUGGGUUAGAGAAAUGGAGCUGAGCUGUGACUUUUUGCAGAUUGUCUACUGUUCCUCACACACCAUAUCCCCACCUCGGCGCCUUGCUUCUAAAAAGCUUUUCCAUGCUCUGUACAGUGCCAGUGAAUGGAUGUGGAAGAGAGCUGUUUUCUCCUCCUCUCCUCCCACCACCUUGGUUCCUUUUAAUUAACUCUCCAUGCACAAUCUCUCUCCCCCCCCCCCUUACCCCGCUGAACUGUUAAAUCCCUGUUUGGCAUGCAAAGAGGGACCCUUUGGGGCUCAUAGGUCUUCUGGAUUAUUUGCCAUCCCUUGCCUCAACCUCCCUUUCCAGGGUUCUCCUGAAGGCAGCAACCAUGACAUUAGCUCUGUGGGGCAAGGAGGCAGUGGGACCCUUGUUAGCUGGCAUGACAAAGACCCCCCCCCCCAAAUUCUCAAAACUCUUUGCCAGCCUCUCAGUUGUAAGAUGGGCUUAUAUAUCUUUAAAUGCAAAACUCUCGAGUCAAGUUUGAGUUCACUCGGCUUGCCUUCUGAGCUCUAAGGGUCUUCAAAUUUUUCUUUGUACCCAAGAAGAGGACAAGAUAGUUAUCCGCAAAUGAAAGCUGCCUAGAGACAUUUGUAGUUAAGCAGUACACAAAUUAUUUAAAUAGUAUUAAAUAGUAUUAAGAAGAAAGGUGAUAUUCUCGGGACAGUUAACAACAGUAAAUCACCUCCCAACUCCCUUGCCAAGUGUUCCUCUGCCCUUGCUGUUUUUUGAUCAGCCCUGUUCUUGAGAGCAGGGGCAGUUCUUGGGGCAUUUGGGAUAAUUCCCUUUCCUUUCUGUCAGCUUUCUGCAGAGAAGACAGAGAGCAGAUGCUCAGGGCUGGGCAUAUCUUUGGGGAAGCAUAGGAAAGGCAGACCUCUGGAACAAGAGCCAAGCAGGGUCUCCCUUGACCAUUUGCUGCAAGACGUAUCACCUCUGUACAGCUGUCACUCAGCACUUGAUGUCCCACCACCAUCUAAUACUGCCUUACGUUUUCCCAGCCUCAAGGCAAAACCCCGUUGGGACUAGAAUUUCAGGAAGGGAGUGCAUGAGAGGAUCCCGGCCAGACCCUGUUGGGAGCAAGUGUCUGGGGGCGGCUUGUCAGGGAGUUGUUAUGCUGUGUAAGUGCCCUUUCCUCCCUCAUGUGGCUUGCAAACCAGUUGGUGUGGUCAGUUGCAGCAGAGUUAAUAGCCCAAUCAAUUCUAGGCAUUUUUCCCCCCUUGGAAGCAAGUCUCACUGAACGGCGUGGGGUUUACUCCCAAGUAAGUUUUCAUAGGAUUGCAGCUCAAGUGUAUGUCACUGCAGCCUUUGAGUGCAUGUAAUACACAGAAAAACUGUCUGCGGACAAAUGCCAGCUCCCUCAGCCGGUAAAGCAAGAUGAGCGCCACAACCCCAGAGUUGUUGUGACUGGACUUAACUGUCAGGGGUCCUUUACCUUUACCUUUAGUGCACAGAAAGGCUGAAAUCCUAGCGUAUGUCUUUCUGCUUGAUCACUGGGUGAGUGGUUCAGAUGCAACGCUUGUAACCACUAGAAGCUGUGCGUUCGGUGUAGUAGCCUGUGGAAUUCCUUGCCACUUGACAUGAGAUGUGCACCCUCCUUGCUGAACUUCAGGCUCAUGACUAAGACCUCCUUGUUUCAGGGGGCAUUUUAAGGUAGUGUUCGGUUUUAUGAUAAAUGAUACGAGCUGUUCGAUAGUGGAAUGGACUCCUUUGGGAGGUUGUGGACUCUCUUUCAUUGGAGGUUUUUAAGCAGAGGUUAGAUGGCCAUCUGUCAUGGAUGCUUCAACUGAGAUUCCUGCAUUGCAAGGGGUUGGACUCAAUGACCCUAGAGGUUCCUUCCAAGUCUACAAUUCUAUGAUUCAGAAUUUAUUGUUUAAUUUUCUGGGUUUUGUUUUUAGGUGCACCACUUAGAAGCAUGAAUGAUUAAACAAUAUAUAAAUGUCUUAAAUACGUAAACAUAAAUAAGAGUAAAAAGGAUUAGGCUCUGACUGCAAUUUCCUUGUUGAUAUAAUUUUCCCAUUUGACACAAGGGCGCUGGCCAGUAUCAAGACUGUGUUGCUAUUUUCAGUCUCCUUCUUGUGUGCUUGAAUUUUCAAAAUUCAAGGCCUUGUUCCCAGAAACAUCCCUUCUUGGCCUCACGAAAACUAGAGUUAACUCUUCCUGCAGCAGUCGCUCCUUUUCAGAUUUCUUCCUGUAUGUUAUUAUUUCAAACUUGUUCUUGUAUAUUAUUAACUACCUCCUCCAGGUUUUUCUUUUUCUUUGAAGGCACAACUUUCCAGCCUUCUUUGCUAUGGAAAAAUGUUGGGGAACUUGACUCACAUUUUUCUGACCUCUGUUUUGUAAAUCUCUCCCUCCUACCCUGUGCACUUUCAUUGCCCCUUUGCCAAAACAUCCAAGUUCUCUGAAAGCCCCACUUAACAGAAGCAGAAUAUACAAACAGAGAUCGUGAUCUAAUUCAUAUUCGCGUGGACUGUACAAAUGCAUCUGGAAUGUGGGGUUUGGGAGCAAAAGCCCAUCCCAUGACUCAGCGCUGGGCUUUCUUUUUUCUUUUUUAACAAUCAGUGGAAGUAGAAGUUGUCAGGAAGUACUCCUGAGAUGUGUGUACUGGAAAAGAACUUCACUUCCUGGGAAGAUCUGAUAGUGAUGGUCUUCCUCUUGCAGUGGCCUUGCUUAUUCCGUAUACGCCCCUCUCCCCAUAGGAGAACAGAUUCUCAGUCAUCUAAAAUUCUUUGCAAUCAUUACAAAAUCACAGGGCUACAAGAUUGUCAGCCAGACAAACAAGCCAAAGUGGUUUGGGAACAUUUUCUUAUGUUUCUUAUGCUUUGGCUUCUUUUAGAUGUUUUAAAAGGAUGUUUUUUGUUUUGCAGUCGGCUCACUUUGUGCAAAAAUGUAGCCAGGUAGGAUGCAGCAGAAGUUACCCCUGAAAGCGAAUCCUUUUCCUUGUAGCUUUACUUCCCUCCUGUUCUUGCAUUAUGUUGUUUUGCCAUGCUGUGAAUCCCUUACUUGGAGCAUCUUUCUAUUUUCUGUUCAUCACACAUCUCUCACUCCUUAAGUCCCUUCAUCUCAAUAUCUGCUCCUUCAGCAAUGUAAUUUUCCUGACCUUAUCUACACCUUUAGAUUCACCUGACUUCCCCCAGUCUCUUGCCACUUUCCUAACCUUGCCACUGGUAUAUUCUGUACUGCACUGGCCACAUUGUUGGUACUUAAUCAAUUUCGAACAGUUGUGCCUGUCUGAAGAUUUUUGUGAGCGCAGAUGCCACAACCUUGGUUUCUAUCAUCUUGCUGCUUUCUGGUGUGAAGAACUAACAGAAAUGUGUUGUAUAUGUUUUCACUUGUUAGCCAGUAGCACCUGUGGCCACCGUUCAUUCAGCCGCUCUCUCGCCUCAUUCACAUGCCUCCGAUUCACAUCUUACUGCCUGAGCAGCUGGAUUUCAAACAUGGCAACGCAAAAGUUAUAACAGUGGUUUCUGUCCCUCUUAGAUGUGUUGCUGUAUCAGGAAUGUUUGAGUUGAUGAUAGCACACAGAAGGCACACACACCACAACCUGUAGUUGUCUUGGGCUAGGAUAUUUCUGAUCUCUUUGCAUGAAUUUGUAGACUGUAAUCUGGGCAUCUCAAUCUGGCAACUGUUCCCUUCAACACCCUUUAAAUCUGUGAGCAAGGGUAGAGUCUUUUGCAUGUUGAUGCUCUCUGAAACAUUGUAGUGAAGCAUAAAUCCCUUUACGCUGGGGAGCAUUGGGGAGCCUGCCUUUCAUUACGCAAGACCAAAGGCUUGUGGUAAGCAAGGAAAACAAGGCCAAAGUAUUACCUUUGAGGUCUUUCUCCUGUUGCAGAUUCUGUUCUAUUAGAGUCGUUCUCCGCUCCCAAUUCCCCUCUGCUUUUCUAAAAAAAUGCUCAUGUACUCAUGCACUGCCCAAGAUGGGAGUUGAGCAGGGGCUGGUUUAGUGCCUAGGGUUGGAAUAAAUGCGAGUUAGUUCCGCUCAGUGAUCCUGAACUGCUGGCAGGAGCGGGAGACACAGGCGCUUUCUAUUUAAAGCACAGCACAGAGGGCAGGUUAUAAAAAGGAAAUCUGCUCUGCGGACAGAAGCGAAGGGAGAGGGAAGCCGAGAGCGGGGAGGUGCUGCUGUGCUUGGGCUUCCCUCCCCCAUGGCUCUUCUCCGUUGGUGGCAUGGCGGAGAAAUUGCCUCCCGGAAUCCUUCUGCUUCCUUCCACCCCAGCUCCCGUAUCAGUUCUAGGUGGGUGGCUUCCCCAUUGACUACAGUACCUCCUAAACCGAACACGAAGCAUCUUCUGCUUCUUACGGAAGGGGGAAAAUCACAUGCAAUUCUGGGAAGGAUUAACAGAAGCCGUAUGUAUAAAUGGCAGGCUAGUCGUUUCCCUCUGUGCAACAUUAGCAGGGUGUUUGUCUGCAGACCUGCUUGGAGCUCCCAGCUUCAGCUGCAGAAAGGAAGAGGCGUGCAAAAGAAAUCCACGUUGGAAAAGCAAUUGGGCAAUGGGCAUUUUCCAUGGAGACUGGCAGGCAGCUCUAGCUGGCUGUCCUGGCUCUUGGAAGCAAGGAGAGGCAGCCAGGAUGCCCAUCCUGGAAGGAACAAACAAUACCCCAGCUGUCUCUCCUAGACUCAAGGGCCAGAAAAGACACACAGCCUUUCUAGCUUCAUGGGCUGUUGCUACUUGCCCUAGGCAAGUGGGUUGUUGCGCCUCUGAAACAUAGUAUUGCGUGGGAACUCUAAAGCAGGGAUGGGGAACCUGUGGUUGAACUUCAACUUCCAUCAGCCCUGCCUAGCAUAGCCGAUUGAUGAGAUUUGUAGUCCAACAACAGCUAAGAGGCCGCAGGUUCUGCUCGAAAGGAAACCUGCCUCUGUGGAAAGAGUUGGCACUCUGGUCUCCCUCCAGUUCCCUUCCAGCCUUUGAAACUCUUUGAACACAAUCAAAGGUGGCCUUUAAAUGAUAGUGGUUCCUACGUCCCUGCUGUUAUGUAAAAAGGCAUGGCAGGUACGUUCUGCAGCUUUCUUAUCACUCUUGCCCACUCUGAGUGUGCUGAAUCUUGGGUGGAGACUUUCCCACUUCUCUGUGCAGUAGAGAUAGCUUGAGAGGGCACUCCCCACAUACACACUGGUGUAUUUUGCAGUGGGGCAGGAAAGCAGUGGACGUAACUGCUGCUGAUUCUUCCAGGACUAGUUUAUAUAUGUAGAGCAUAUAAAUUUACAUCCGGACAUGUGUUGAAAUAGGAGGAUUUGUAGCAUCCAUAGCAUUCUGUAAAAAUAGCUCAUGGGAGUCUUUCUGGCUUGAUGGAGACCAGGAAGCAAAACACCCUUCUCCACAAGUGCAAGGUAGGCUCUGGACCUGCUCUGCAAGGGAGAUCUCUCCUCCUUUGUGUUUUGGAAGCUAUCUUUAACCUUAAAUAUCAUUGCCUGGCAGUGAUAUUGGGGGAAUUUGAGUUGCUUUUAGACUGGGAUUUUCUGAAUGCCAGUAUUUCCCUGGCAGGAAAGAGACUGACUUAACUUUUCCAGUGUAAAUGAACUAUGGAACACAAACUCUGCUCCUUGGCCUGUUUUCGAUUUUGCUUUUCCCUCCUUGCUGCCAAGGCUUCUCUUUCUCCCCUAAGCCACCUUUGAUCGUCUCCCCACAUAGCAGCUCAAAGGGACCUUUCCCAUUGACCUCUGGCUUGGCAGAGUGUGGAGGUUGAGAGCUGAUGGGCUCCUUUGUGUGGUCUGAUUCCUCAGUGAUUGGUGCUGUCAUUCCCAGGCGAGGCCUUCUUUUUCUUCUCCUCAAAGGAGAACCAACUCUGAGAACAGACCCUUGCGUCAGAGGCUGCUUAUGCUGCCUCUUUUUGGUGGGCCCUGCUGAUGUGGUGAUUUCCUGGUCAUGUUCUUAGCAGUCAAUCCCUUCUCUCUUUCAGACCACGCGCAAAGCCCCUCCUGCGGACAUCAUGGCCAUAGUGCAGACCCUGCCUGUCUCCAUUGA